AUGGAGAUUUACAGUGAAAAGGUGCAUGAUCUGCUUAGCAUAAAAGGCAAAGAUCAGUCUGGCUUGCCCGUGCGACAGUGUGCCUCUGGAGGAUUCUUUGUUCAAAACCUCAAAAAGGUGCCUGUUGGUUCCUAUGGGGAGAUUGAACAGCGCAUGGCCCAAGGUGAGUCCUAGAGCUGUAUUUGCGCUUAAGGCAGUUAAGGCAAUCCUAUUAGAUCAAAGAGGAUUGUGAUCAAAUUUCAGGGUAGGCUAAUCGGCGAUAUCAAGAUCGGAAUUAGACUUUUGCAUAACCGGUCAUCCGGGUUUUGGUAUUUACUUCACGAUAUUUUUCCUUGAGGUAGCUCGUUUGCUGCUGCAGAAUUGUUUAUGCUAAGUUGAACCAGAGGUAAAAUUCGCGGAAUUAGCUAAUGUGGGCGAACAAAAUUCUUUACUGUCGAGAAUUCUGGAGAAACUGAUUCCCCAUGAAAUAUACUACCUUCAAUAAGUAGCAGCAUAUUAGUUAAAUUCCUUCGCCAGUCGAAGCGAAACUAAGUUUCCAGCAGGCCAUUGUCCGUUUAUAUGAGGCUGUUCGACAGACUGACCAAUACAUACUUCAAUACUUUUAUAACGAACAAACGAUGUAUACCCCCCUCGAUGGAGCGUUUUCUUUAAACUUCCACACAUCGUAACUUUUGGCUAUUAUAGCUGAGUAGCGAUAAGUUAAUUUGGUCGGAAUAAUACGAUUAUCUCCUUUGACAACACUUAGUAUCGAUGAUUUACAGGAAGUUGCUUAAAGUUAUAUAUCUUAAACAAUAAAAUCUGGUGAAACUUCUAGUUGUACAUCUCAAACGUUGUCGUCGUUUUGGCCUCAUAAUUUGACCGGAAUUGUCUGUUUCCUUUCAGCUGUUAGUAAUAUUCAAAAUCUCAGUAGGUUUGUUUUUGCUUCAGGCAUUGCAAAUCGGACUAUUGCCGCGACAAAUAUGAACGCUUCCAGCUCAAGGGCGCAUACUCUGGUGUGCAUUACGUUUGACCAGAUCAUCACAAAAUCCAUUAGUGGGCAGUCUACAUCCUCACGUUUGAGCUCAAUCAUCAACUUUGUCGAUUUGGCAGGUACGCAUACGCAUAUGUUUUCUUACAAAGCCCUGGUCCAUUAUGCGUGGACAGGAGAUGUGGCGGUACGCCUACGCGCGGAUUCACGCCGUGCUAGCUGUCUAAGCCUGAUCCGACCAUCGAUUUUUUGACCAUUUUCUUGACCCCGAGACCAGGUGGGGAUAGGGAGAGAGUGCGGUAGACGUAUUGCAAGUCUACGUGGUCUUGAUAAUUUUUCCUUCUUCUUCUUCCCAAAAGGGUCUUAAGUUUUCUUCCUGUCUUCGAAAAAAUUUGCACUUAGUUCGUGUGGAAUUUCCCCAUCGAUUUUCAAUGCCCUCAUAACGUCCAAUGUAUUUUAGAGAAAAAUGCACAAAGUAUGCCUUCCCCAACACUUUUUGUAGCCAAUCACGUCUUCUUCAAAUUUUAAACCCAAAUAAGGCAUAUCAUUCGAUUUAAAAAACUUUUAUUCCUGAAUACGUUUGAGACGGACUUACCGUUACACUUGCAUUUGAGUUUUCGGACCUAAAACCUGUAUAUUUUUCGUGUAAGAAAAACCAUACAGUUACAUACACCAUUCGGAAGACGUCAUGUUUGACUUAUAAAAAUAUACAUUGGAGGUAGACCACGUUGUUGCUUCAUAAGAAGCUUUUGUAAAUGGACAGGUACGAUAUUGUAGGAAUUGGCAUUUCACGGCCAUGAAAGAUCUGCAAGGACCCGCAAGUGGAUGCCAAGAUAAAACCCCAAAUGACACGAUCCGGCAGUUAAGUGGGGUUCUUAACCCUACCGUUGCCUACGGAAAUUCUUUGAACAAAAAUUUAAAAUAGAGGUAAUUUUUCACCACAUAGGCGCAAGAAGGCAUAUUUUGUCUUUGUGUUCUGAAAGAUGCAUUUGAAAUCAUGUGGGCAUCCAAAUUCAGUUGGAGGUAUUCAUACUACUCAGAUGGUUAUUUUUGAAGAGUGUAGUACUUGCAGGAUGCAGAAAUAAGCUCGUUCUGAAUCCUACAUCCUAACGUGACUGAGAUACACUAGCACUUAACUGCACGACUUUUAAUAUUACAAUCCUACUUGAGCAACCUCUUCUAAUCGUAAGCAUGUUUCAGAACCUUGGCCAAUAUUUCAUGUGAUAGAGAUAUAGUUUAAUAUCUUAUAACAUGCUUUGUUGAGAAUUACGGCACAAUGAGCUGACGAGGUGUUUCUCGUGAUGGCGAAUUAGUAUCCGUUGCAUGAAAGCGCUGGCCUUACAUCGAGCACGGGGCGAAUCUUGACUUUCGUACCGUCAAGUACGCCGACUUAGCUGGAACUAAGACAGACGCAAGGGGGACAGAGGCCACGUGAGCCCACCAAUGGUCGACUUCUGAGAGGCCGAACCCAGCCAACAGCAAACGGGCAGGUCAAAUUACCUGCGUCGAACACUAGAAAAACGGUAAACUCGAAUCAGUCAAAGUCAGUGGGAACAGCUGGCGCACCAAUCUGAUGAUGGGAACAGCGGAGUUUCCGAAACGCCAGUAAGAAUGCAAUUUUAUCCAUGGGGUCACCCUUUCUUCUUCGGAGGAUGAUGAGAACGGUAUAUAUCAACCGUUGUAUGACGUUGCCUGCAGCCCAUCAACCCCUGUGGCCGCAGCUCAGUGAACAAGAGAGCAAACACGAACCUAGGCAAAACAUGAACUAAAACAAGACGAAUCCAUGACGGACAUGCAUGCAGCCUCGACAGAAUUCAGAUCCGAUGAGGGUGCAGUUAUCACUACGACCGGCAGAGGAGAAGACGGACAAUCGUAAAUAUGCUAAUCGAAGGCCAUGCGCACCCUUGAUACCGGGUAUCCCUUCGUCGGGGGUAAAACUUGCAUCGUCGGAGUCUGCCCCUUCAAAAAAGGCCGAGAGUUUCUUGAAACCAUGCACUCCGAUCAGUCAUGCAUCAAUCGACACAAUCAGCAGGAUGCUGUGCGCGAAAAUCUCAGGGAAAAAUGGAAGAGACAAGAACCAAUAAAUACAAAAUGACGCGCACGAGGGCGCUUACUGGCGCAAACACUUAAAGAGUAUCGAUUUUUAAGCAAGUUUGAAAUCUUAACCGCUUUUUGCACAUUUGCCCAGGUCUGAAGAAGACCUGGGAAACCACCUUAGAACAUUUAGAAAAUUUUGUGCUUUUCCUAAAGAACGCAUUUGCCUUCAGAGUUCAUAUAUAUUUAUACAUAACACGAAAAACGCGUCUGGGCUUUUGGCUCGAAUCUAUGUCAGGAUUUCGGUAUAGUACCUUUACUAUAUAGGGUACUAGUAGUACCACUUGUUUGUAAAGUGAGGAUUGCGUGGUUGUUCCACAGUAGUUGAUUGUCUUUGACUUGAAUUUUCAUUUAAAUUUUGAGUCUGACCCCAAAAAGUCGUGUUGGAAAUACUUGACUAUAUUUCCUGCAAUUAAUAUUUUCCAAAAUUAUAUGUAUAUCAGGGAUGGGAGCACGCUGAUCUAUUGGCUUUAUGAAGUAAACAAGCCCGGUAUGGAUGGCAAUGGUCAUGAACAGGCAACCAGUUACCAGGCCGGAGUCGGCCAAAUCAUAAUAGUAUAACUAUUAAUAUAAAACUGUUUCGGGUGUGUUUGCCUUCUUUCCACAAACCAUAAGCCUGACUAACUGCUCUGAGCAACAACACAAACAUGCGUUCACAGACCUGGCACAGCUGUUUCACCACUGGGGCCUACCUGAGUGGACAGUGAAGUCCGCUGAAGAGUUUUUGACCCGCAUCCGACAUCGCAAACUGUAGGCAGAAGGGGUGAUGGUAUCUUUUAACGUGGUCUGACUGUCCACUUCUAUCAUACCCGGCCUGGCCAUCGACACUCUCAUCGGUCUUCUUCGAAAAAGAUACGAUGAGAUCGACCAAGGGCUCACGCGAGUGCGCAUCAUCGAGCUCCUUUAAUUGUGUUUUAAGACCUUCUUCACAUUUAAUGUCCAGGUGUACGAGCAAAAGAAGGCGACGCUGAUGGACUCACGUCCGUCUGGACUAAUUGCCGAAGCAGUUUUACUGAGGCCUGAACGGCUGAUAUUCAGCUCGUAUCUCCCGAGGUUCAGGGUCAGAUAUAUUGACGACACAUUCAUCAUUUUAAAAAGGAUCGCCGUUUAAGCUUUCAAGGUCCCGCUCAAUUCAAUCUUUCCUGCUAUACAGUUUACCAUGGAGGAAAAGACCAGCAGCUAAUUGCCUUACCCCGACUUUCAAGUUACAAAGCUGGCUGACGGGAAUAUAAAGACGACGGUCUACCGUAAGGUGACUAACACUCUGCGCAUCUUCUACUUCAGAAGCAACCACCCGGUCGGUUACAAAGGUAGUUGUGUCAGGACCCUUUUCCAACGCGCCCAAAGGCACUGUAGCAAAGACGAUGACAUGAAGAAGCAGGUAAAGUGCUUACGUGCCGUAUUUGAUGUCAACGGUUACCCGAAGUCGUUCAUAAGAAAGUGCCUCAGGAGGUCCUACUCCGGGCAGUCGAGCGAGGAAAAACCAAAGUUCUGCCUCUAGAUCCCGUAUGUGAGGAACGUUUCAGAGGCGGCGUCGGGAAUCCUGAAACCUUUUGUGAUUGGUGUGACUCAUAAACGAGCGUCAGCAAUCAGAUAGAAGAGCAUGAGGCCAAAAGGCUCGCUGCCAGUUAAAGAACAGUCAGCGGACAUCUACGGCAAACCAUGCCAAGCUUGUGAUGCGAGGUAUGUUGAUGAAACGGGCAAACACCUCGGCACAAGAAUGCACGAACACCAGCUUUCAAUCAACCGCAAGGAUACGCCGUCUUUGGUCUGUGGCCACAUACUACAACAGAACCAGAGUUUCACCUUUGGGAAAACGAGGGUGAUCAGCCGAGCCAAUGAUAAGAUGGCCAGACUUAUGCUGGAAAGCUGAUCUCCGACUGGCACGCCUAACCAAGGCAUGAGCCUACAUCCCGCCUAUCAGGCGCCCCGCACAAGGCUUGAGUCAACCUAGACAGGGCCAAUGGAACGGAUGGAAAGUCACACGGGAUCGACUGCCGACGCUCGCGGAGAGAGCGGAAGGUGCUGACGGAACGUCACGUGACCGGCGUGGCACACUAUCUUGCGCACGUACCCGCGAGGCCAAAUCCACCACGCCGUCUGACGAGGGGAGGCUGACGAGCACGCCAGAUUAACGGCAACCACGACGACCGCGAAGGGGACGGAGGCCACGUAAGUCCACCAAUGCUCAAAAUUAGAUAGGUUACCACCAGCCGAAAACAAACAGGCUACCCACCGUACGUCGAUUGAGAACGAUUAUGAUGCGAGGCAGGCGGCAAGGCUGAACAAAUCAUAGCCAGCAAGAAACGCCAGCGAACGACUCUGAUGAUGGAAACGAAAGAGUUUCUGAGGCGUCAGUGUGAAUACAACUUGGUCCAUGAAAUCGCCUUCUUUCCGUCUUCUUCGGGGGAUGAUAAACAAUAUAUAUGUAUAUAUGCAUACAUUAGUGUGGCUCAUAAUCUUGAUUGCACAGUCAGGCAGCAAAUCAUGAAGGCCAAAGAACUGCUACCAGUAACAGAACAAUCGGUAGUGGUCUGCAGCUUUCCAUUACAAUAUUGUGAUACGAGGUAUACUGAUGAAACGAGCAAACGCCUCGGCACAAGAAUGCACGAACACCAGCUUGCAAUCAACCGCAAGGAUAGGCCGUCUUUGGUCUGUGGUCACGCACAACUGUUGAAUCACGGGUUCGUCUUUGAGUGGUCAAAGGUGGCCUACCGAGCUAAUGAGAAGGCGGCCAGAGUGGUGCUCGAAAGUUGGUCCUCGACUGGCACAAUCAACCGUGCUACGAGCUGCAAUCCCGACCACAGGCGUUAUGUACGAGGUUCGGAGCAGUUCAAAGAAGGGCAAUGGGACAAGCGAUUACAGCAGCUGAGAGCCGACGCUCAAGGAAAAGAGGGGAAGCGACGGCCAGAGGUCACGUGCCCCAAGCCGAGCAUUGUCUCACCUAUGCACCCGCGAGGCUCAAAGCAACACACACGAACAGCAAAAACUAACCAAUCGGCCGAGUGACGUGGGGGAUGCCAGCAGGCACGCUAAAUUGGCCACAGCUAAGUCCGCCCGCCAGCUGUCAGUUUCGGGGAGGUCUGGGAUAUUCAGCGGCGAACGGGCAGGUCAAAGUUCGUGCAUCAAGCAGGCGGCAAAACUGAACAACUCAAGACGGGCAGGAGCAACAAGCGCACUACCCUAAAGAUGGAAGUUUCCGCGACGUCAUUACAAAUACAACUUUCGCCAGGGGCUCGCCCUCUCAUCUUCUUUCUCCACUCAGGAAAAUAAUGAACGCGAAAUAUACAUGUAUACGUAUAUGUAUAGGCAGUAUGAUAUUACCGACAAAGAAAAUGGAGACUGGAAUGGCCGUUUCUGGCACAUUAGCUGUCGUCAGCCAGUCUUACCCAACCCCGAGCUAUGGAACACCUAGGACUCGAACUCACGACCUGUUAGUUACAAGUUCACGCUUCUUGCUACUGGACCACGGGUCCGUUGCCCUGUUGAUUUCGAUCAGGAAUAUGCAGUGGUAUAGGGGGCGCUCACUGAUCGUUCUGCAUUCUGCCAUAUCAUGCAUCGCUUUGCGGCUGCUGGUUGGGCUCAAAAGAUAGCCCAUAGGGCACAAGGGAACUAGUGAUUUCUGUAAGAACGACCGGUAAGCGUCCCUCUAUCAUAUGUACCAAAUGAGUAUUAAUUUUGUAGCACGUUUGAAAUUUUUAUUGUUUUCUGCACAUUUACUCGAGUCUGACGACGACAAUUUUCUCAAAACAGUUUUCUCCUUUUCCAAAAGAACGUAUUUGCUUUCAAACAUAUAUAUAUAUAUCAAGCCAAUAAUUUCAGAAAUUAUUAAGUGCAAGACAUUAAGUUAAGUAUGCGGGACAUGACGUUUUCGGGUCAACCCCGACAUUUCAAUGGAUACCUGAGUCGGCGACGAUCGACUACCUUAGAAUAACCUUGUAAUGCCUAGUAUACGAACUAGUAGUAGUAACAUGAAUUUUAUGUGACAAAUGUGUUACAUCGUAAUUCCUACAUAGGUACUAGCCAAAAGCCCAGACACGUGUUUGGCUGAUGUUUCUGCUGCUGCAUAGAUGACGAUGUGGGGCCUACCAAGGAGCCGAACCCCUCGCCGCGCGUCACGCAGUAGAAGAAAAAUCGGUGAAAUACGUGUCAUGUCAUUUAGUCAGUGCCUAUGUCCGGAGUAUGGUAUACCACCUCUGCCGCAUGAAUAUAUAGGUAAGGUUUGCCCACGACGGAUAAUCAGCCGGGAAUUGCGGUCGCAGUCUCGACUUUGUCGGCAUUCCACUCCUGCAUCAUGACUGAUUGCUAAUUGAUUGCCGGCGGCUGAUAGUCCACAAGUCGGAAACGAUCGUCCCAGUCUUUCUUCAAUCCGCCUGUGCUACGUAUAGUUCCGUGACUGUCUGUGAGGCUCGUAAUCAAACUCCAACUCACGACUGGGCGAGCAUGCUACGUAAGCCGAUCAGUGAACGCAUUGCAAGCAGAGUUAAUAUUCACGAUCGCAACCGAUAGGACGACGGGCCCUGGCUCAUUGAGCAAUGAACGCGGAUUCGCAUCUGAUGUUACCCAGAUUUUGAGUCGGUUGAUGACCACACUUCUAUGCAUAUACAUACUGUCCGGAUCAGUCCGUACAGGACCAGUGAGGCAAGCGAGCACGCGGGACAGAGAGUCAACGCUCACGGAAAAGAGUGGAGUUGGGGGCCAGAGGUCAUGUGACCAAAGCCGAACAAUGUCUCACCUAUGCAUGCGCGAAGUUGAAUGCUGCUCACCUGAACAGCAACAACCGAUCAGUCCACCGGCUGACGUGGGAGAGGCCAAGCGGCACGUUGAUUUGACUACAAUUACGCCGACCCCAAAGGGAACAAAGGUUACGCAGGUCUGUCAACUGUCAGCCCCGGGGCGGUCUAAGCUAGUCAGCGGCAAACAGGCAAGUCAAGAUUCGUGCGUCGAGCACGGCUAUAAUACGAGGCAAGCGGAAAGAUUGAACAACUCAAGACCGGCAGGUGCAACAAGUACGCUACUUUGAUGAUGGCAACGAGGAAGUUUCCGAACCGUCAGUCCGAAUACAAUAUGGUCCAUGAAUUUGCCCUCUCUUCUUCUUCGUCUACUUUGGGAGAUGAUGAACACGAUAUAUAUAUUAUAAUGUCUUCGUUUCAGGAUCCGAACGGGCGGACAGCACCGGGGCCACGGGGGAUCGACUCAAGGAAGGCGCAAAUAUCAAUCGUUCCUUGUCGGCACUGGGAAACGUAAUCUCCGUAAGAUAAUGCUUUCUUUACUGCACCUAAAUAGUUUCGUAUUUCUGUAAAAAUGGAAAAUAAAACUAAUAACGGUCCCCUGCUGCAUCACCUGGACGAUUGUACCACACAGAAAUUUUGACAAUCGAACGAAGUUUUAGGCGGAAACAGUGGUAUUACAUGGCUAUUUUAUGCAAGGCUCAACUGAAAAAAUGGGAGAUAAGGAAAAAAGAAAUCGAAAUCGUAAUGUUUCUGACGUUUUAUGUCGAAAGGUGGUCAGGGUCCAGCCAAAGGACGAGUUCGACUGUGGUCUAGCGGAUAACAAAUCGUAGCGCUCUACCGUCUGAACGGAGAACCAGGCCUAUUAGUCGCUAGUCCAGUAUUCAACCUCACAGAUCUGGCCGCGGCAAACACAGUAAAUGGCUGUUUCAGUCUCCUUUGUGCCUGCCAAUAUGACAGUAUGCUGACACAAAGAUGGUAACCUGCGCCUGAAUUAGUCAAUAGUAAUAUAGGACUUUUGUUACAUUUACAACACUCUCACCACCCUGAGCUGAGUGGCAAAGCUUAGGCGGGAUUUUUAAGAUCCUGCGCAAUGACUUGCAAAACUAAAAGGUCUGUCUACGCAUGCCGCACAUGAGCGGUGCACGCAUGAAUGAUCAAGUUUUCACACAAACCAAGAAGAGGCCGCGGCUUGGAUCCCAACCGAGUGGGAGUGUUACUAAGAACACAGUGAGAAGGAGCCAUUAUGCCUGACUCUCUCUCUCUCUCUUGAGAGAAUUGAGUUAUUUCGUCUGUUGACGACUUUUCACAUCACGGCGUUUACCGCACGCAAUAUUCUAAAGGCAUGUCACACUGCCUUUACUGAUGAACUGCGCUCAGUCGUUCUUAAGUUAUCUCCUAUCCCAUGCACCAGCUAGUUGUCCGUGCCAGUUCGUCGGCGGGGGGGGAGUUGAAUUGGGCGCAGUGGUUAACGGGAAUACGGGGUUCGUCUACGCGUGCCGUACACAGCCUGGUCCGGCGUCGGAUUUUGCCAACAAAUGCGCCCCCCAUUUCCUUGAGAGGUGCCUAUUAUGUGCUUAUGGUAGGUGAGAUUGGGCAGUUUUGCGUGUGAUACAUGGUGACGGGGUUUAAACUGCAGUGCUUCGCCACAGACUAGUACGGAGGCGCAUGUGGUCUGCUGUUACGGGUGCGCCGGAUGUACAUUGGUACAUCUGAAACCGGUGCGCCAGCUCCAAUGCGUUUGAUUCGCAAGUCUCUCGAUGAUAUUCUCUGUAGUAAAUUAUUUGGCAGUGACCAUUAAAACCACGUGCGGACAAACAAACCGGUAUAAGGGUUUAUCCGUCAUUGCCGAUAUUGACAAGCAUCAGUACAGCGUUGAUGCGUGAAGGGUAGACAUCACUUUGUGUGUGGAUGAAUGGGACCGGAAUAGCCCACGCAAGGACUGAAUAGGUGGGAACGGCGUGAGUCUGAACUAUGGGUGAUAUUUUAUCUAUUGUUGCUGUUCAUAUGCACCUGACAGAAUAGGUCCAUCAUGUACUGGCCGAACAAACAUGAUGUGUUUGAGGAGUGUUGACCACGACUUUAUAGGUCAGUUCUCUGGUCGCACUGAGAUAGUCCAGCGGGCAACUGAUUAGGCCGAUUGUAAUGUGCGGCCGCGCUGUGGACAAGAUGUCGCUUCGUUCAUGUAGUUGAUGGCUGUCGGUGCCCUUAGGGUCUUAAUUACGUCUCCAUUGUGGUGGGUUUAAAGAUGUUUUGUCAGGGAUAAUAGUUAGGGGCGUCCCCCACUUAUUGGUUUGCUGGCACUGCGGCGAGGCCAAGUGUGUCCACUGAUGCCGAUCUAGGCCUUCAAAGCGCUUUGAUAGAAGGGACAUACGGGGAGUUAGUCAGCGAGAUUUCAGUCUUUGUUGUCUAUCAUCUCGCUCUGACCUCCAUUAUUUAGUAGGCUCUCGGUACGGUUGUUUCAUUCUUUAUGUCCGCUCGUGGAUCGUGGCAGCCGUCCCCCCAGUCGCUUGUUUACUUUGAAGGCAUUUAGUCGAGGUUUUUACUAUUCCCUUGUGGGGUCGUUUCAUCGCACCUUGUCUGCGAGCGUCGCUGUCGCCGUAAACUUAAAUGGCAUUUCGUUACGCCCUCAUUAACUCUUGUCCCGAUAUGUUUGCUUCAUCGUGGUUUUAUUUGCCUCAGCACUGCACAGAGGCUAAUUGUGCCACCUGUCUUCUGCAUUCGGGUGUCUGUAAUCCCUUCCUCUUACAUCCUUUGGAGACCGACUUGUCAGAACAUGGGUUUCACGCCAAGACAGAUGACGUGGUGAUUUUCGGCGGGAUACUAAAGGCCUUUCUGGCUUCAGCAACCUCAGCUGCAACCUCAUAGAGGUAGAGGGUUCGGUAAUUUUAAUUUGUUCAGUUUGUUUCGCAUGUUCCAUGGUUAAUUCCCGUUUGUGUAUGACAGUCAUCUUCUGCUUGUUUAUGACAAGUCCCAAGUGGGUGCACCCGAGGGCUAUAAGAAUCAGACUUCCUUGAUCGGCCACCUCAGGCGCGAUUUUCAGCGCAUACUUGUCAUGUGUCCUGACCUUGGAUCUUUCUGUGUACGCCUUCAUGGGGCAAACACUGAACUACUUCCCAUGGUUCGAUAGAUAGUGUCGAUGUCUGGUCAGUCCUCUCGGCAAUCGUCCGUCAGUAUUACUAAGAAAGUUGGACGAAAGAUGAUUAGAGCAUGUUUUGUCACAACGCAUGUCCAAGGUGACGACUUGUUGGGUCGGAUCUGGAUAUGCUGCCUCACCUGAUGUGAGCAAAACCCAGCCAUCUGUAACACCGACCGGGGGUAAUAGGGAGUUUUACGGGUGGUGCGGUCGGGGAACGCACAGGCGACAAGCUCAAGUAGUUGUAUGCAAAAGAAAAGCUAUUUGGAAUGCGCAGUUGUAUUGUGAGUGGUCAAGAAGUAGUUUCCCUAACCCAUAACUCGAACCCCUGACCCUAAGCCAUAACUCCCUAUUCCUAACCCCUUAGCCCAACCCUAACCCUUAACCGUAGUCCUAAACCCUACACUUGAAACAUCCAACGCGAAAGUUAGAAGGAGACGUUAGGCUGAAAGUCAGGAAAGACCACUGGUAUUGGACUGCAGAAGGUAGACACGGCAACAAAGAAACAAGGACGCCAACAGAACACUCACCGCAACGCACCAUGCCAACGUUAUCACACCAACUCAAAAUAAUCAACAGUAUUCUGUCCAUCAGGUGCUGCUAAACAGCCAAAUCCAACCACUUGUUGCCUGACGCAAAAUGUUGAGAUAUCCAAGCCGCGUCAGGAUUUCGGCUUUCGAGCGGGUUUCUCUUGGACCGUCCGCAUAAUUAAUAUUCCGCAAAAAUGGCCGCUUAAGUAACACGAAUUUGUACCGUUGAUGUGGGCACACUCAUGAAUUCAAAUCUAUUUCAUAGAAUACAUACAUAGGAAUAUUCUGUCUUUCACUUAUUUUGGUGCCGAAUCACGUCCACUUCAAAUUUUAUGCUUAAAGAAAGAUUAUCGUUCGGCUUUAAAACACUUUCUUACUUCCCAAAUAACUUUGAACCCGACCUGCCUUUAGAUUUGCAUUAAGGGCUUUCGAACUACAAGCUGUAUAGUUUUCAUGCAAAGAAAAUUUUCAAAUUUCUACAUGCUAUUAUGAAGAGGGCAUAUAGGGCUCAUAAAAUUUUACAAAGGAUGUGGACCACGUUGGCUGCUUUAAAACAGCAUUAAUAAAUGUGCUGAUGCGACGCUGUGCGAGUGAACACCUAACGAUCUUAAAAAUCUCAUAGUCCGAAAGGGGCUCUUGAUUCAAGUAUAAAAUUUAAAGAAAACGUAAUUCUCUAAAAAAUGACUAGAAGAUAGAAUUUUCUUUUGCAUGUUUUCAAUAAAUUGCACUUUACUUUAUGGCGGUAUCAAAAAUUUACGUUUAAAAGUUAUGCUAAGUGGCCAUUUUAUACGUAGGAUUGAUUAUGCAAACGCUCGUUCAAAAGCCGGUAUCCUGACGUGACCGGAAUAUCUUAACGUUCUGCGACAUGGUAAUUCGCCUUAUAACCCUGAUAAAGUAGUCUUUUCGGAUUGCAAACGUAUUCGAGAAUUUCAGUGAAAAUUUCAGGAGAUGGCACAUCUACUCCUGUGGUUUCGAUUUUGCUUGAUAAUCAGAGCGAAUCGCUUUGGGCCUCCAAUUCCCUCCACUAACCUUCCAAAGAUCAUCUCAGUAGGAGGCACUGAAGGCUUUCAUGAGGUUUCGGGGCCGCUGCUCAUUUCCUAGCAUUUUUAUGCAGUUAACUGGCGGUUAAGGCGAUAUCGAUAGUUUAACAGUUUUCCUGGAGUCUGCAGUGACUUUCUGGAAGAAAUGAUCUUUUCAGUUGUGCUUUCGGGUUAUUAAAUAGUACCUGUGCGAAACGUUUGCCAGCUCUAUUGAGAACCGUAAUUCUCUAAUGAUUGUAUCAGCGGUUUUAUCGGCCGUUUGUGCGUGAAGCAUUAUGGUAACAUUCUUCAACUUCGGCGGAAUUCAUCCACUGCAUCAUAUCUUCUGGAAUGGCGGGGUCAACCUAUUCACGAUUUGAGGGCUUCCUUCUUUGCCUACUUCAACUGGGACUGAGUCAGCUUACGGAUGUGUAUACUUCCUCACAGAUUUGUUCCUUAGUCACUUCGCCCAAGUUUCCCGAAUCUGCAAUUUCUCCUGUAGCGUGUCUUUUCAUUUAUAAAUUGAGUAGUCACGAAGUACGAGAAAAUGUUUGUUAAUCUCACUCGUCGCCUUGAUAAUCGGCCGGUUAUUUAGUGUCUCUCGGUUUUUUGCCGACGACACUAAAAAGUGCGGCCAUUUUUCAGGUAGACCCUACGCAAUUAGUUCUUUGCGGAGAUCCGUUGCCGUGUUUUGUUGUCAGUUUCAUCAAACCGGUCCAUGUGGUAUUUCGCAUGCAGAUCCGACGACCUCAGUGACACUUUUAUCGAUGGCUUUCCACAAUAUUUGCCACGUUUUCUCAGCGUCUUCCCCUUAGAGUUUGCAACCGAGUUUCUGACUCUUGAAGAUUCUCAAACCGACUGAAGUGAUAAUAAUUUGGCGUCCUUCAUCCUAUCCGCAAACAGACUGGGUAAACUAUGGGAAGACAUUAGGCAUUCCAAAGUAGUGCGCCUGCAUCCUCUGUUGGCCAUCUGCUCACAUUAUUAGAACCCCCAAUUUUUUAGUUGAUAGACCGAUGUACGGAUACACCUAUAAACCUAACAACUCAGCAAUUAUCCAUCCUCUUUCGUUUUUUGGCACGACAUCAUUUAAAGUAUUCUUUCUGAAAUGUCGCUUCUUCUGGAAUUACCUUCAGUGGGUACCCCUGACCUUUACGCGCUAGAACGGUCAUGUGCCCGGUGAAUAGGCCAAUUGGAUUUGAGCAUUCAUUCCAUUGCUUUGAUAUCAGGCGCGAACGAAAGUCUCAUUGUCCCUUUUAUAGUUACAUGUGAUUUUUUGCACUUCUUACCCUCCUAACUAUGAAGGCUUUAGCUGAAAAGAAAAAAGUCGUACCGUACCGCGACUCCGUGCUCACAAAACUCCUUCAAAACGCCCUUGGAGGAAACAGGUAUAAACACACAUAUCACAGUGACGCACUGCUCACACCUAUGCUUUGACUGUGUUGUUGAAAUGUUGUUGUGUUUCUUUGUUAAGUCUGCCACAGGUCCUGCCCGUUAGUCGCAUGAACUGGUCCUCAGUGUCGAUUAUUGCCUGGGCGAUAUAAUAAAGGGUAGUAAUAUGUGUACUUUACGUUAUCCAUCAAAAAUCAUAACUAUGUUAUUGUAGAAAGGUCGUUUACCGAUCCGGUUACGGGACAAAUUUAUUCUGUUAUGUCUUCGGGCUCAACCUGGAACCCCUUCGAGCGGUCGCAUGGAGAAACUCUCCCCUCAUAAUUUUGUGCCCUCGUAGGGUUUGCGACUGACAUUGCAACGCAUACGACACUGACUGGAUUCUUAAAAUAUGUUUGAAAACCGUGUCAUGCAUGCUUUUUCUGGGCAAUUUUCCCCUCAGUCUGGUUUAAACACAGUCUUGCAAAAUGUCGCUGGAUAAGUAACAUAACUAUUUACGUCUAAUUUUGGAGAUCUUGUAAGUUAAAUUUUCGAAGCAGAUCUGUAAAUGUUGCCUUUGUGGAGGCCUAGUACCUGAGAGUAAAAUUCCACCUUGGUCGACAGUUCGAGCGAAGUCUCCGACCCCCGCCGUGGGGAACACGACGUGGUAGGCACAAGUAUAGUGACUUCCACGCAAAUUCGUCUACAGUUAUAGUAGGACUUGCGCUGAAUCUACCGCACUCUCUACUCCCCACCCACCUAGUUCCGAUGUCCAGACAGAGUCAGGAAAACCAAAGGCGGGAUCGGGCGCGAGUGGCUGGCACGGCUUGAACCCACGCCUAGGCACGCCACUACAUCCCCUGGUCCACGCAAAUAGGACCAGGGUUUCCCAAGACGAUAAAAAGGGAGCGCCUUGGACCUCAGAUGAGUAGGACUCCCAAGAGUCAGUCUCUCCUCACAAAAACACACACAGUGGGCUAAAUACGAUGUCUGAUUUGAAAUCGUCAGUUGGUGGCCUUUCGGAAUCACGGCUUUUGGCGUAUCAUGCUAGUUUCCAGCCUGUCAGUUAUAUAUCGUGAGGAAUAUGAGCUGGGAGUCGACCUCACCCGCCGCCCUCUGGUCGACUGUCCCUGCCAGUCAAAUAGCUGAUAGAGAGAUUGGCGGCAACCGGUUCGCAUGUACCAUACACGACCUGGCCCUCACACAAUACACCAGGAUUUCACACAGAGGCAUUGUGCUGCCCUGAGCUCACACGUGUUAGAAUGACGGAGGCAAGUAGAUGAAGAUCAUGCAUACCACUUACGUGUAAAUUCCUUUUUCUGUGUCCGCUCAUACCGUUGAGUAUGUGGUGAUUUGGGAUGCGUGGUGGUUGAGGCGAUGACGACGGGUGUGUGUUGGUGUUCCUGGCACUGAUUUUCCUGUUUUAAUGCGUGGAAUCGCAAUUGACAAACCAGGCCGAUGAGUGAGGCAGAUGUGCGGUUGCAGUAUGCGCAGGAUAGUUAUUUGUAAUGGUGAUGAUACUAAUGAUGGCCGCGCUGUUGGGAGGAGAGUUGACGGAACUGGAUGUGCAGUAUAUGCUUCAUGUGUCGAUAAUGAGGUGAAUUUCACUGUCGUGGAUAUGAGUGUAUUCGAGUAGGCCCGUGCGAUGGCUGAGUGUGCGUGGACAGUGCAGCAAGUGUCCGUCGGGACUUCUAGCACUGGUUUACCGACUUCGGUUUGAUGGUCCCGCAAAAGACCGACGGGUCCGUUGCGUGCUGUGAGUGUGGGUCGAAACGAGGACAGGUUGGGAUCGAGUCCACACUGUCUGUGGUAGGCGCGAUGGCUGCUAGGCUAGGGGUCUGCGAGACAUCGGCAGUGUUCUCACUGCUGGCGGGGAGGGGUGGACGCUCGGAGUUGUGGUAGCCGUAAUCGCCGCCGUUGUGGGGGUUGUGGCAGGGACGGUAGAGUUAGUGGGGACGAGUACACCGUUAAGUUUCGACACGUUUUUAAGACAUUCACGUGAAUAUUCGGACCGUUAAUUACCCUCUUGUCUCUUAUUUACGCUCAUAAGCCGCCUCACGCGAGCAUCGAGCGAGAUGACAAUGUGCUUUCACAAUUUCGAGACCCCUUGAACUGUCGAAAACUCAGGUUGUACAUCAACAUGCGCUGAAAUAACUGAUGUCUGUGACGCUCACGUACUUCCUGAGAGCAUGUCUCAGGAUUUUAGGCAAGUCUUCAAUGGAUCUGGUGCUUUCUUGUCAAACUGACAUUUUUUCAUAUUUCGACUGGCUUAUCAAAGGCAUUUUAUGUGGAGGAAGGGUGUUUACAGACUCGUCCGUUGCAUCUUGGGGCUCCAUUUUCAAUCCUUGCAGGCAGUCGUUCUGCGAUCAGUAAUGAUGCAGGAAAGAGUACUAACACAUGUAAGGGAGAUGUGGCCGGCCGCUUCUAGUUCGAUAGUUAUCGUCAGCCAGCCUUACCCAACACCAUGUCGGGAUGACCCGAUAUUCGAACCCGCAUCAGUUGGACACCGAGAGUUUUCACAGUUUCUCCCUCUUUCCAUCGGUUGCGAUCGGAUAUAUUAUUGAGGAUGGAAGAGUGUUCACUAAUCAGGUUGCAGGCCACGCUCAUCCUGUAAGAACGCCUAAUAAGAAAUAUUUUUAGGAAUCUCUGGGGCCGCCAAAGAUAUAGCCAAUAACUAGUACAUGAAUGCAGAUUAAAUUAGUUCUUUUUCUCUAUUGCACAGUAAGUCCAAAUACACUGGGGAUUUCUACUGAAUACCUGCAAUUGACAUUUUAUGUUAUAAAAAUUUGUCUGAUUCUCCAAAAUAUGUUUUCAAUUAGAAAAACUAACUUUGGUAGGUUUGCAGUAUUAAUUAUCAGGUCGCAAAAUAUCAAGAUAUUUUAGUUACCUCAAGAUGUCGGCUCUCGAAUGAGCUUAUGAAUCUUAUGCGUAACUAUAUUCCGUAUUGAACGCUUAAGCCACAUGAAUUUUGUCACUGAUUUUUGGUACCUCAACAAAUUAAGUUAUUAAUAUCACUUACAGGUAGCAUGCACAAAAGUAUUCUUUCUUUCACUCAUUUGUUAGGAACUUACGUAUUCGUCAAAUUUAAUACUUGAGGAAAGUGCAAACUCCGCCUUCUAAAUUUCGAACUAAUUUCGAAACCAACCUACCGCAACAUUUGUGUUCAGGGUUUCUAAACUACAAGCUAUAUGUUCUGCAUGCAAGGAAAAUUACACAUAUCUGUAUGCUAAUGCGAAGAGGACAGGUAGGAUGUGGAGUUUGCUAUCCACAUCAAAAGCUGAAUUAAUAAAUUUGCUGGUGCGAUUCGGUACGAUUAGACAUUUUACGAUCUUGAAAAUUCUCCUACCUAGAGGCUUUCUUAAAAUCGACAAAAAAUCUUCUUUCAAGAAUAAAAAUUGGAAAAAACGUUGUUUUAGACAAAAUGAGUAAAAGGAAGAGUUUUUUGGGAUGUUUACUACUAAGCGGCAUCGAAAAUCAAUAGGAAAAAUGCAUGUCAUGUAAGCAGUCAUUGUUUACGUAGGCGGUUGAUAAAAAACUCGUUUGAAAUCCGACAUCCUGACGUAACCGUAUCAUCUCGGUUACGUCACACGUUAAUAUACAUGACAGCCGUGCCUAUAUAAUCUUUUAGGAUCGCAAACGCAUUUCAGAAAUCCGCCUUAUAUCUCAGUAGAUGGCACAACUACUGUGAUUUUGGAAAAUUUGGUUACCUUGGUAGUAUUUGAACCCACAUGAGCAUGUACACAGCUUGAGCUACGAGACCGCGAGCGUGAACCUUGAGCUUUCCACAUUUGGACUGGGUUACUCAGCCAGUCGGCUGCAGCCUAUGGAGUCCACCAAUUCUGGCAUGAUAUACCGACGGUCCGACAGGUUUUCCUCAGCAGCAAUCUAAUUGUACAAAAAACAUUAUUUUGAUGGAGAAUAAGGCUGAUCGUUGGGAAUUAGCUCCAAGCUUGGAUAACCGCUAUACGAGCUGUGUUGAUUUGAGCGUGCCGACGAAAUUAUCGAUUCAUCCCUGACCUCCGGUCUCUUCAAAAUACCACCAUGGGUGCCGAGUUUACCCGUCAGAUGGCCAACUUCCAAGACAUAACUCUUAACGCCUUGUAAUUGGUUUGAGCGCGUCGGAUGUAUUGCAAUGAGUAAUGUGCUGCUGUGUGUUGAUUCGGUUUUGAGUUCAUCCUCUCCUAUGCUCCAAUCGACUUUCCGGCCUGUUAUCCAACGGUUGGCAUUAUUAGGAGUCUGCAUUUUAGAUCUCUUGACAGCCUUAAAUGUAUCUAACACUUAUCCUACUUCGUGCACAUUUGGUGACCUAAUUGAUUAAAGGUGUCUUAAUGUACGAAUGAUGGUUAAUCACUCGCAAACCCACACUAGUGCGUAGGUCAAGUACAUAUGUUAAUAAAUAACAACUUUAAGGAAAUUAAAAGCAUGAAAAAUGUGAAAACUACUGGUGCGUUGUCUAGAAAUACCAAAUUCUUUGAAAGGCGGAAAAUGGUUGUGACUGUGCAAACAUCAGUUUUCGAUGUUCAGAACAUAUACCCACGCCAAAAAAAUCAUUUAGACUUGACAGCAAGAUAAGAAUAACGUCUGAAUAUAGUAUUUUAGUAAAGUUUGCAUCCAAAUAUCCUCUAAGAAUUUAUGUAGUUUCAGGUAUGACCAUUUGCCAACAGCCUACUUUCUCAGUAUAGAUUCCAAAACGGUUUCCCGAGGAUUUGUGGCAUUUUCUACAGCCCUUUGGGGCGUCUUUCCGUCUGGGCUUUGAACAGAGUGGGACAAAACGUCACAUGCUUACGGGUGAGGAAGCGAUUAAGAACAAUAACAUCACCGAAGGGUUGGACGCGUGUGUUGUGUCGGGAAUGGACGCGGGCGGAGGAGGGGGGCGGUUGUGUGUUGCCGACCCACUUUACUGUAGGCUGCCAUGACAAUAGUCUUCAAUUCUAAAAUUACAUUCUUUUGUCACAGUUUUGCAUGUAACACUCAGUAGUGAUAGCAACCAUCUGCCUCGUAUUCUUUCAGUGUCCAACAAUCCACAUGGCUGCCUUUUAUGUUUAAUGGGUUUACUAUGGUGGACCACCGUUACGUGCCACACUGUCAUUCUGAGUGAAAGUUCCCGCUCUCCGUAAUCGCUCUGAAUUUGCAAACAUCAUGAGGAAGCUGGGGUUGUCAAAGCGAAUAGAGGAUGGCUCAUGCUGUUGGUGGCAGGGAAAACCUGACGAUGGCUUCUGAGGAAAAAAAGCACAUUUUCGGCUCGAACUCUCAUGAAACUGCAUAUCUGCGAUUUUGGACGACAGAGGGAAAUGUUCGUUCAGCAGAGAAUGUUACGUGGCUAGACACUGAUGAACUUCCUUUCAACUACACAUCCGGUUAACCAGGUUUGUGGGCCAUCCGCACUGUCUCCAUACGCGUUCCUUUUGCAACAUGGUGAUCAGGAUUAGGGUUGGCUGAAAUAAGGUAGAUUGGACCCGAACCAGGUUUCUGACCGACGAUCAUCAUCUCCAUAUAGCCCCCUUCCAUACGUAUAUAUGAAUAUUGGUAGAAGCCGGUCAAAGAUCCUCUUACAGAACUCACUCGUCCCGUUGGUCUCGAGCCCAACCAGAAACCGCACAGCGGUACAUAAGUGGAUUCCGCAAAACGAUCAAGAGGGAACAAGUUAAAGGUGCAACGAUGGGGUCGCCGUUAUCGAGCUUAAUGCUUCGGCCGCUCACCGUGAAGACUUUCAGCAGGAACUGGACCUGGACCCUUUUGUCGGCCGGCUCGGUGCAGUGAGUUUCUACACGCCGGUAGAGUGUCUUUACGUAGCUGCGUUUGUGCGAAAGGGGGUGCUUACUGAGAAAAGUCCAACUUGAUUGCUGAGACAGUGUUGAAGCGACUGGAGGCACUGGCUCUUGACCACCAUCGACUACGACUGUGGGCACGGCAUGUUGACGACACCUCUGUCGUUAUCAUUCGGGACAGGGUUGCGGAAUCCACGCGACAUCAGAACUCCAUCUUUUCAGAUAUCCUGUUCACAAUAGAGGAAUAAAUUAAGAUUUCCAAUUGCCGUUUCUCGACGUGCUAGUUCAGAUAAAAGACGGUUGGGAACUUAAAACAACGGUUUACUAAUAGGCCACAACGUUCCUCGUAUUCUGAGUUUUCUUAACAACCAUGCCUUUUCGCGCAAACGCAGAUGCGUGAGAACGCUCUACCGGCGCGUAGAAAGCCAUCGCAACGAGUCAUCCGGCAAAAAGACCGAGGGACACUUCCUACGGAAUCUUUUCAAAGUCAACGGACGACCUGGGAAUUUUUCCGAAAAGUGCAGGCGAGUAACCCCGGGAGAAAACCGAAGGGCAGUUUAAACCGCAGUGCUGGUGCACAGUGCCGUACAUAGCUGGUUUGUCAGAAGAAUUCGUCAGACUGGUGGGCGAAUUUAGAAUUGGAAUCGCUCAAAAAUUCGGAUGACUGUCUAGAAGCUGCACAAUGUUCCGCCGACAGCGGGAAAUGGUCCACACUUUUCACUCCGCAUGCGUGUUCUUUCAUUAGGGUCUGCUAUUCGUCACCGGCCUGUCUGAUGAAAUUUGAUUCACGGGAAUUGCGCCUGACCCGAUAGACGACGUCUGCCAUUUCUCCUUGUGUUAGGGGUAGCUUUAGGUUUACAAACGACGGUGAUCUCCAUUGCAUAUAUCGGAUGAGCAUGUACUUCUGAAGCGUUUAAAUAUACUAUAAAACACGCCGAAGUUUUGUUUUUUAGCCUUAUAAUUUGCUUUGCUGUCUUCAGCAGGGUGUGCAAGUUGAGUAUUUAUGAAUGCAUGCAUGUGCUCUGCCCGUUAGCUUUCAGUAGGAAUAGGAUUUCAAUCAACGUUAACAUAUGAGACGGGUGAGGACUUCGUUUCUUUUAGUGGUUCUGAAACACGCCAAGUUUUCGUUCAUGUAUUGUCGAACCCUUAUACAUGGCCAGCGAGUAUUGAAUAUGGAAGCCCAUUAAGAAAAUAGAGUCCAAGCAAUCUUGUAAUAUGGUAAGGAUUUUAACAUUAGUUUUACCAGUAGUCAAGAUGGGUACGACAAUUUGCUGAAGGCAUUGAGAAAGCUCGCACUUCCGCGACAUGUUCGUUUUAUUACUUCAACAAUGCGCCGAAACAGACCUAGACAUUUGAAAGAUGCAAGUAACGGCGUGUAACCUGGCGGAAAGCAAACAAUCCAAGGUGGUUGGUUAAAGAAGGCCGGAUCGGGUAAAAUGGGGCUCAGAGAAUAAACAUAGCCCUAAUCCUUUCCCCAACCUUAACCUUCAUCCCGAUCCUAGUCUUAGACCUAGCCUUAACUCCAACCCAAGGUUUAUUUUUUCAUAAGCUUAGUUAGGAACAUGACUUCGGGAUAACAUACCUACCGAAAUAAAAUAAGUAGACACUACACUGGUGAAAAUAUGGGCCUGCGUGUGCAAUAGCGGCAAAACGUACUUUGUUCAAAGCCCAGUGGCUACUCGUAUGCAUAUCAAUCAUUAUUCUUUAAAAAGCCGAUUUGUUCUUAUCCUCUUGCCGCUGAAUAACUUAACACUAAAAUUCCAAAACCAGAUCGAAUAGUUUUCAUAUCCAUUGCGCCCAUCAAUUUUCGAAAACUUCCGUAAACGGGGCAUCUACCCAAAUUCAAAUCAAAGAGUCUAAUGACCCCAGUUCUAGACGUACUAUACUCGGUGGUUCAGAUUCUCAUAACGCCUUGAGAUAUGCGGAUUUUAGUUCAGGUUUUUUUUUCUAAAAUCGUCUGCCCUUCACAGUGCCUGCCUCUCACUGCUUGUCAUCUGUCAAACCGAAAAUCAAUAAGUAACGCUAAAAAUAAUCUCUACUUUUUUGACUUAAGUAAAACCGUUAUGAUAGCAGCGCUCUCACCAGCUGACAUUAACUACGAGGAAACAUUGUCGACAUUGCGCUACGCCGACCGAGUCAAACAAAUCAAAACAAAAGCAGUUGUCAACGACAAGUCCCAGGACAAGAUGAUUCGUGAACUUAUGGUAAGAAAAGAAUCUUUAUUAUAUAACACAUCUAUUACUCAAAAGGAAGAGAACGAGAAGCUUAAAAAACAACUUGCGGAGAUAGUCAAGUUGACGCCCACAACACUGAAGUCCGAGUUGUCUCCAGAAGGUCAGUUGAUUGCAAACGUUUUAUGCAUUUUCCAAGAUUUCUCCCUCCUAGGGGCACCUGAACGUAAACAUGUAUUUUUUGCCAAACAAUAUAUCUUUCUUUCAGAGUGAAAUUACAGACACUAAUAAUCCAAGUUCUCUUUUUGUGCCAUUGUUUUGUAUUUUAGAAAUACUCUCCUGACCAAUAAGGGAAGAAGACGACGUUCCCGUCUAGGGACAUUUAUGCUCUGAAAAAUUCCUUCCGGAGUAGUGACUUUAAGUAAAAAGGGAGUAUAUAUGGUCGCACAGAAUGCCCCUAUUGUAUUUAGAAACCCUCAGACUUCCCGGGAGAUGACAAACCCAAGAAGACGGGACCCGAACUCUGGUGUAACUGCGGGCUCCACAGCACAUCUACAAGUGGCGGUUGGUGGAACAACUUUCGGCGAAGGCAAGUAGUGAGGGAAAUAGGCACAGGUCUGGUAGUCGCGCAAUGGCGGAUGAUGAGACGCUACUACGUUCAGCCGCGACUGAAUACUGAACUGAUAAAGUUGGCUCCCCUUGAACAGGUCACUAGUUAUAGCUGUACAGCGUGUCGACUUCUGCAAAGAAGAUGAAUGCGCGAUCACUGGGGUAGUACAUGCAUUAGCCCGAGCUUUCGGUCACGUACAAGAGGCUGAGAGAACGCAACGUCAAAUGAGCAGUUUUGUAUUCGAACAAAUAUGGGGGAAGGUAGGGAUGGACGGGCUGGUUUUCGCGAUAUGGUUGAGUACACGCCGUCUAACAGCGUCGUGACGGCUUGCGACCUUGGCUGGGAAUUGAGUAGCGCCUCUUGGCCGCGAAAACGAAGCGCGUGAUAGCAGGGGGGGGGAGGAACAUCGACGUGUUUGUCGAUGGAGUUGGUGUCAGACACCCAGCCCUCCAACAGUUCUCGCCCUGUCUUCCUGCUGACUCGCGCCAUCAUGCACAUGCUCACGAAGUUGAAUUCGUGGUCCUCCCCCACGGUUAUGGGUAACGACCUGAUACAGUGGGUCGCCUCUCCAGACUGCCCGUUUGUGCUCCAUUGUUCGCAAGCGAAGUCGUCCUCCGUUCGACGUCUGCCAGGCGUCUGACAAGAAAGUCCUGUGUGAAGAUGUCUAUUUUCCACCGCAAAGAUGACAUGCCAAGGAACUUCUUACGAGUCACCCUAUGCAACCACUGGCCGCUAAAUAACGAUCUGGGAGUUUCAUUUUUUGGACGGAGAGCCAUGACCUGUACGGUCUGAUUGAACUUGAUGGGGACUCGCUUGUCACCACGAGCGACAAGUUCUCUCUCAAACAAUAGUAAAGUUGUCGAACGGGCGCACACCGAUCCAGCAUUUCGACGCGUCAAAUAAGGAAGUCUCGGAGCCAGAAUCUGAUGUUCCAGCCAAGUGGAUGGAGAUGUCUACUUGUUAGCACAGAAAUCGUAUGAAAACAAACCUCUAACGAGCUGCCCCACGCAAAUACUGGAAGGCAAAUCACAGUUUUGGCGGUUUACUGGUUGAACAGAAGGUUAUGAUCUGUGCGCUCUCAUUGAACUUGUUGGGCACUCGCGAGAUAACAAGGGAAACAAUUUUUAUCUCAAGCUGCGUUACCAUUGUGUACAACGGGUACACGCUGAUCCAGCGGCUUUCCGAAGCAAACAAGCUUCGAAUGAGUGGCAACAGUCACGAAUGCGUCGACACCUCCUCCGUUACUAUUGUUUGCCCGACUUCAGGCCUGGUAGCUGGUUGCUGGUUCAUGACCUCUACUGCACACGCCGAACCAGUUUGUUUCGGGAACUUCAUGGAUCGAUGUGCACCCAUUCUUCACUUGAUCUGCAGCGACAGGGAGUGCCAGGUUGCGGGACGCUGAUGAACUUCAGUUUGAUGAAGUGCUUCUGAUUGACCGCGUUUCUUAAUCAUCUGCGUUGCGUCUGUGCGCACGUUUGUGUUUCUGGUGCCUGAUGGUAUCCGGGGGUUUUAUUGACCAAAUGAAUGCAAAAUAGUCCCGAAACUGUAUUCUGUCUAUUUACGGGAGAUGUGCUAACUCAUGAAAUGCUGGCCGAAAUUCUGAAAUGCGUUUUCAACUCGCAAAUAUUCAAAUGUAUUUCAUUGAAGACAUGCAUAAGAAUAAUAGUUCUUUUACUCAUUUGGAAGAAUAUUACGUGUUCUUAAACUGUUAUGCUUGAAGAGAGGGUAUAAUUUGGUUUCUUAAAAGAUUGCUAAAUAUGAGAUUUUUUAGUCCGGAUACUUCCGUUCAUUAGACCUCGUUUCUAUCUAUUUACUAAUUUAGCUUGAAAGGUUAACAAUAUGGCCCAAAUCCACUGCUAAAUUUUAUGAACUUCAAUUGGUCCCCCCUUAAUAGCGUACAUAAAUGUAUGGUUUUCCGAGCACGGAAAAUAUAAAACUUGUGGUUUGGAAACCCUAAAAGCAAGCAUAACGACAGGUCGCGUUCAAAAUUACUCGGAAAUCGGAAAAGUUUCUGAAAACCGAAACAUGCUCUUCCUUCAAGUAUGAGGUGGAAAAAAGACAUGAUUUUCUUCCAGAUGAGCAAAAGGGGGAAUGUGUUUAUGUAUAUUUUCUAGGAAAUAUAUUUGAAUUUGUAAGGGCAUCGAAAAUCGAUGAGGAAAAUGCAUACUACUUAAGUUGCUAUUUUUUUUAGCAAAGAGAGGCAUCCCGAAUUAACUGAAUUAUCUUGGGAAUAUGUAGCACGACAACUAAUCUUGCAGCCCUACUUAAGUAAUCUUUCCGAGUCGAAAACGCAGUUGAGAAUUUCUGCUAACAUUAUACGAGUAAGCAAAUCUACUGCACUAGCGCUACUGAUAUUUCAAUACCUGAUCUGCCGCGACAGAGAAUGCCAGGUUGGGGGGCACUGAUGCACUUCCGUUUGAUGAAGCACUUCUGAUCUAGCCGAUGGACCGCGUCUGUUUACCUUCAGCGUUGCGUAUGUGCGCGCGUUUGUGUUUCUGGUGCCAGACGGUAUUCGGAGUUUCGAUUGGUCAAAUGAAUGCAAAAUAGUCCCGGACCGGUAUUAUAUUUAUCUGCCAACUCUGCCGAGAUUAGUAUUAGACGUAGAGUUCGAAGAUGACUCUCGUCUGGCAUUCAGACAGUAACAUCAAACCAGCGGAGAUAUGACGUGAGUGACCCUGUAUCUUACCUCAGGGAUGAAAACGGUGGGUUCAGAUUUACGGGCUAUUAUGCUAAAUAAAGGCUCCGGUUUAAGGGAUUUUUCUGGUCCAAAGAAGUAAAAUUUGGGAGUUCUAGACAGCAUUUAGCUAUGGCCGUACUACCACAUACUGGUAAGGAUAGAGUAUAUAACUGGGGUGAGUCUACAGUACAUAACUGCCUACUAUUUUUACUUAAGUAGGUAUGGUAAGAUCUUAUUUAGCAGCCGCAUCUGUUGGGGUUUAGGGUUAGCGGUGUGAUAGCGGGCCUGCUUCUGCAAUUAGGUAAAUUGUGUGUGGGGCCACUGAAUGCGCCAAUACAGCAACUUCUCAGAAAAAGAAUAAGAAGAUGAUAAAGGAGAAGAUGCGGAUGCUGGGACAAGAAGUUAAAUGAUCUGACUUUCUCGAUUCUCACUCGAGGGUAUCAUCAGAAACGGUCGCAGAAAGGAUUCUCUUACGCCAAUCACAUUGGCAUGGCGUAGAUUGUGGGAGCAGUGCUGGUUAGUGUUGGACAAUAGCCCGCCGGCGGUUGCAGAAUUUUUGCUUUGAUUCUUCAUGUUUUGUUCUUGACAGAUCAUUCCAGUCGAUGCUUGUUUUAAGUUUCAUUGUUUGUUUUCUCUCGUUAUUUUUCAAUAUUUAGAACGCUCUAGAAUGCAGGAAGAACUGCGUCAUGAAAUCCAAGCACAGUUGCAGGCCAAUUCCGAACGCCUAGAGGCUCAAAACCAGAAGGCUUUUCUCGAAAAGGUAAUGCUGAUUCGCAAACUAUUACUCCAGGGGCUUUCGAUACCUCAAAGUCCACUCCCGUAGUAAACCCUGAAUCCGCACUUUCCUUGAAGGUAGGCCGCGCAAGUUAGGAUAAGCCGGAUACUGUCACUGUGGUUCAGCUUACGUGAAUCACAUGGCUGUUUAUGUUGCAGACUAAUUUCGGUUACGCAAUAGUUUGUGCAGACAAACUUGAGGAAUUUCGAAAUUCCAACAGUCCGAGUACUUCCUAUGGCUCACAAUCUGGAGGCGAAAGUCCAUACAUCCCUCCGGCAGCACAUACCUUCUGCAUGACGGAGUUUUUUUUAUUUUUCAUGCUCCGUUCAUGAGAUCCGUUUUUGCUGAUUUGUGGUAGCUUUUUGAAAAAGUAAAAUUUGAGAGUUUCAGAAUUUAGUUAUGGCUGUGCAACCACAUACUCGUAAUGAUCGAGUAUUUGACUGGGGUAGGUUUACUGUCCAUAACUGCCUACUAUGUUUACUUGAGUAGGUGUGUUAAUAUCUUAUUUCGUGGCCGCACCGGUUGGGGUUAGGGUUAGCGGUUACGCGUUAGCGUAAGGAGUUUGUGUUAAGGGUUCGGGUUAGGAUUACGGGGUGGGUUUAAGGGUCAAUGUGGAACCCCCUAUUACCACCGGUCCCGUAUGAUAGGCGGCUACGGCUUGUCUACUGCAGGGGCAGCUAUGUAAUAAGAUUUUACUGUAUGUGUUGUUCAGUACGGUUUUGGGUUGGGAGUCAAUCACGCUCACGUCCUUAUCGAAGACAGUGGCUUCCAAGAUCAUCACCGAUGGCCAUUUUCGGUUCGAGUGGAUACUUGGGCUUAGGUCAAAUGUCUCAGUGGAGGGGAAAUGCAUGCACCUGCCUAAUACUCAUUGACCCAAUGAUUGAUGAGGCGGUAGUUGGAGCUACUGACUGGCACUGACCCAGUCUCAGCCGCAAUUUCACUUAUGGACUGAGCUCUGAACUGACUAACCAAUGUUCCUUCACUUCAAGCCAGAUUGGUCUGACCCCGGUGUCAACUGGCAGAAGUGUUCGCGACAAGCUUCAUUGUUCAAGACUUGCGCCACCUGAAAGAUGAGCAGCAGAUUAUCCACGUCACACCCAUAACAGACACGCACUUUGGAUAGUAUCGAGUGCCUCUCUCGGGCACCGAAUUUCUUGGACUUCUACGUAUCUUCUUCGACCUUGACCUCUGUUCAAACCCAAGUUAACCUGUCCUUCUUUCCUGAUACAAUAGCUUGAGGAGGCUCGGAGAGAGGCCGCCAUGUUGAAGGAAGUUGCUGGAAACGCAAAGUCAGAGAAAGACUCAAAGUCAGGCAUAGACUGUCCUUAUAUCUCCAACCUAAAUGAGGAUCCUCAACUUUCAGGCGUUAUCAAUCACCUCCUCGAGGCGGAUGAGGUACGUUUAUCGGCAAUGUCGUAGUUUUCUGUUAAGCAGAUCUUCUAUCUGAUUUUCCGCAGAAAUUUACUGGUACAAAUUUCCCCCCUGGAUGGCGGAAGUGCUUUACUUAGUAUCCGGCUCCGAAACGCUAACUGAUUUCUAGCUACUAUUCUCAGCGGAGUUUGAGGUUAGAGAACUUGUUAGAUACCUUUGAGAGUGUGGACCUUAGAGACGUUUUCGUUCCCCUCCCCCUCAGGUGACCGUCGGUCGUCAAGGUGCCCCCGGGAACCCUCAGACUGCCGAGGAAGCGAUAGACAGAUUGACCGGAAAGAAGACUUGGGUGCUGCUCAAGGGUCUCAACAUUCAAGACAUACAUGCCAAGUUUCGUAGACUAUCUAAUGGACAGGUUGAGCUGGUCGUUGUUCAGGGGGCCUUGAAGAACACCAAAGUCAACGGAACUGUGCUGACCUCCUCCAAGGUUCUUGAACCUUCCGAUCGAAUAUUAUUCGGUAAUUCUCCAACCGCCCUGAUUUUCAUGUUUCUAAGUGAUUACUCUUUAUGAUCUGAUUCAGCAUGUCUUUUUCUACCUCCUAGGUUCUUACCAUCUGUAUGUGUUUCACAAUCCCAAGCAAACUCCGCUAGACAAUGAGAAGAAGGUUGACUGGGAAUAUGCCCAACAGGAAUUAGCCCGAGAAGAGGGCAUGGAUCAGUUCGAUAAAUCUAUGAUGGAGAAAGGUGUGAAAUGAAACAAAACGUAUCAAAAAACAGACGGCAAUUGUAUAAUUGUCCUCCCUGAGGCAUUUAUUACGUCGGUCAGUGCGAAGUUCAGUUGAAGUUUUGAUUAACCAAUAGACGGACGGAUCAGUUAAGGGCACGUGUUGUCUGUCCUCAGGAUGGAGGCCACUCCUCAAUCCGCCACUCAUUUUCUUCCGCAGGAAGAACUCCGAUUCAAACCUAGAGUCCAUAGGACAGUUGAACCGUAUUUUAAGGCAUGCUUCCUACAUUUUUUCGCAUUCCACAGGAUUGUAGCAGGCACCAGAUUCGAACUGCUCUGACUUCACCGACUACCGAACUGGUGAAGAUGAGGAGGCUAAUAUUCCUAAGCUGCAUUUAUGAUGGACAUGCCAGCUCGAGCAUGUAAAUGCUGACUCAAACAAACAGAUGACUGAGACUAACAAUACCUGUCUGGGGCUCCACCAGAGCAACUCGUAACGAGUGGCGGUAAGCGUAGAGUAUAUCCUUAUCGACCACAGUGACCAUUAACACUUCCAGUAGACUGGAAGAGCCCGAUGGGGACUAGAUGGGCAGAUGUGGACCAAUGCUGUUUUCACUUAACUCCUUGCAAAUUGUCGCCCCCGGAGACUGCAAUACUAACAAUAGACGAGUUGCCAAUUGAGCAGGCAAAGGAAAUCGCAGCCGCGGACAUGUAAUUCUCACCUUUGUGGGAUUUUAACCGUCCUCGAAGUAGCCCAAAAUAGGUAGUGAGAACAGGUCGUGUGAGGCACAUGUAGACGGGUUGGUGCCCGCGCCGAACUUGGUCGUAUUGACGUUGUCUUGUCCUCAGGGACAGGUGAGUGAGGCAGGAGAGAGUGUGGUAGGUACUGCGCAUGUCUGCCUCAUCAGUUGACAGUUCGACCGUCAUUGCCGACGAUGUCACGGUUAAUUGCAUGUGAAUCAGUUUACAGUGAGGGUGUACUUGCGCAUUAUCUACCGCACUCUUUCUUGCUCUCCCACCUGGACCCGGAGUCAAGACAUAGUCAAGGAGGUCGGAGGCGGGAGAGGGCGAAGGUCGAUGGCACGACCAGACCCCCACCUAGGCGUACCAACGCAUCUUUUGGCCUACAGCAAACACCUAACGAAACUUCUUGGCCAACAGCAGUAUCAUAACGGUCCAGUCGCGAAAGGAUGUCGACAUUUGAGUGAGCAUCUUUCUGACCGUCUGCAAAAACCUUAUUCGGUAAAAAUGACUAAUCAGUUGGAAGGACUCUUUCGGGGAUUUUCGGAAACAUUGUACAUUUAACUAUAUUUUGUAGGCAGAACACAUGAAAAUUAUAUUUUCUUAGAAGAUUUUUUACGUUUAGGAAAUUUUCAUUCAAAAUAGCAUCGUAUCUGUGUGACCACUAAUGCUUCCUACCAAAUCUACAAGGUGGUCGAUGCCAAUUGCAAAAUUCUACGGGACCUAUAUAGUAUCACAUCAGUAGUAUUGGGGAAUGCAUGAUUUUCCUUAUACGGGUCGUGUGUACCUUUAAGUUCAGCACUCCUGAAGACAGGUCGGAUCCAAAAUCACUUGGAACUCGGAGACCUUUUUAAAAAAACUGAAAUAACUUCUAGGAACAGGGGAUUUUCUGCAAAGUGACUUCAAGGAUGCAAAUCUUGUGCAUGGUCUUCAUGAAGUAUGUUUAAUUUAGAACAGCAUUGAAAACUACUGUAAAAAAAUCAAACCACGAUUUUUGCAGCCGAACAAGAAGGUGAGUUUUCAAAAGCCGACAUCCUGGCCUGUAUGAACUUACUUGUGAGUAUACCAUAGGUUAGUCAACGUCACAGCGACACCUACGUAAUUCCACUUCAGAAUUUUCACCAACGGCUCAUGAGAUAGUCACUUACUCUAACAUGUGGCAGUCUAUGAUCAUAAAAGGUCCGAUGCAGAAAAUGAUAACUAUUUCCUUGGAGAGACAACGUCUGUCUGUUUCGGUCCUCCUGUCAGUAGCCUGUGUUGUUUAACCAUCUGUAACUGGUCAGCAAGCAAAUAAGAAUUACGCUGGACCGCAAGAGCUCAGUUAAACGCAGUGCCUGCGGAACUUCACCAAGUUUUGUAGCAGCAAAAGCAGCAGCAGCAGUAGAUUCCUUGCAAGAAAGGUCAUCGGAGUGGGAGGACUUGUUAAUUCUUAUUAUUCCAGCCCUUCCCUACCCCAGCCUUCCCUCUCCCCAGCUUUUUAACAUUUUCCUUUAUUGCCGGUAAAUUUAGAUCGAUACAUUCUGCAACAACAGCUCAUUGAAAUGAUGCCCAUGGUAAGGGAAGUGAACGACAUGGCGUGCAGGAUGAAGAAACAGCGGACCUUUGAGAUCCUCCUCUUGCCGGCUCUCAUCCAACAGGCUCUCUAUGGUCAAGGAAAAACGACAAAGUACGCUUACCCCUUCGGCAUCUCGAUUGGUUUUUUGGUCCCGUGUCUAAGCACACGAGAAAAUGGCACUUUGAACAAUAUAACGCGUUUUUACCGACAAGUCCAGGGAGCUCUGAGGGGGAGGGAGGGGAGGAGACAUUUAUGGCUAUUCUGCUGUCCUCAGUCCUGGCUGCGUACGCGAGGUUCAAACCACUCAUAGACUGCUGCUAGCCAUCAAAAGUGCAGUUGCUAUUUUCAUGAUAACUUCGCUUGCCUUCAUGCCAAAAUCGGAUAGGAGGGAACAGAGAGGGACUGCUGAUCUUCACGUCCACUGUACUACUGCUCGUACCACUAACACUCGAGACAGUUUGUUUAUCUGUACAGAGUUGACGCUUUUCCGAUUAUUUAUUUCCUUUAUGAUACCUUUUCCAGUUUUUGAGAUUUUUCAGUUGCUUGGAAACAAAUUGGGAGUUCAAAGGUGAAGACCCAUAUUUCCCUCGAUAAAAAUGAACUAAACUGAACCUUCUCAGCGGUAAUGUUGAUUUUUAGUCGAAUCCACCGAUCGCUCACUUCUAUCGGAAUAACCUUCUUCCCCCUAGCAAAGUCUGCUCGGAGAUGCUUUACAUUUGUCUCACAACAGCGAAUUUCUUCGUCGCUCAAUGUGCAACCUUCAAAAAGUCAUUCAUUUGCCAUGAAUAUGGAAUUUUGCAUAUCUUGUCUGCGGAAUCUACUUGAAUCUAUAUGCGUACAUGAGGCCGACACUAAUAAGUGCAAUAUUUCAGCGAAAAUGGCCGGUAAAUGUCUCGCCAAAAGCCAACAUAUUACUACACAAUCAGUGGGCGAUCUCAUAAAGGCCUUAACUGAAAUUCCGAAAUGCGUUUCAAGUUAGAAAUGACGGUCAGAUGUUGUUAUGUAGCCCCGCCUGAAGUAAACAAACCCCAGCCACUUGUGAUACGGGGCCGAUGGUAAUAAGGGGUUUUACAGGUGGGGUCGGGAACGCACGGACGACGAGGUCAAGUAGCUGUAUGUAAAAAAGAUAUGGGAGAUGCGCGGUUGUACUUUGGGUGGUUGAUAAAUAUUUGCCCUAACCCCAACCCCAACAGUAUUGUGUCCAUCAGGUGGGGCUACAUAACCACAUAUAACCGAAAUGAUGACUUAAAUGAGGCUGUAAUGCUGGCUAUCAUAUUGCAAUAUCCCAUGGUAUUUCAGACCUCUCAGAAUGUUAGUUGUUUACUUAGCUCCUUUUCGACUGGCUGCGAAGUACAUAUUCGGCAAAAAGAUGGCUACUUAAGUAGAAUGCGUUUUUAACUGACUUUAAAUGUAUCUGUACAUUCCAGUAUCGUUUUUAUAAAACAGGCAUAAAUGAAUUCUUUCUUGCUAUCGUUUAUCGGCAACUCGCGUUUUUUCCAAAUGUUACAUUCAGAAAAACGUGUCUUCCUGUUCUAAACAGUUCCUAAUUUUGAGAUUUUUUGGGAUCGUACAAUUUCAAUAGCAUCUUACCUGUUCCUUUACUAAUGAUUCCCAAUAAGCAUACAUCACAGUCCUCAUCCGUUGUAGGGCUUAUGAGCCCCAUAUGGUAUCUUUUAAUGGCAAGUUUCAUAUAUGAUUUUCUGUACGCAAAAAGUAUACAAUUUUUAGAUUGAAAAUCGGGAAUUGGAAAACGUUUAAAGCCCAAAUAUAUCGUUUCUUUGAUUGCUUUGCUCGGAAGCGCCCCCAGUGUCAAACUAUCAGACAUGCGAAUAUGUGCCUCUGCCGAAGAACAAGAGGCCUUAUGCUUUGACCCUGAACCUAACCCACCUAAUGCUGACCCUAACACUAACACCAAUCCUCAACCCCCAACCACCUGUAAUUUCCGUGUUCCACAGCCUUAAGCGAAAACUAGAACGGGGACUCUUUACGGUCUAACAUGUUUCCCCACUGUCUAAUAGUUGCAUAUGUAAUUCCGUUUAACGAGUGCAAGUUCUUUCUGAGCUUAGAGUCAUGCAUUAUCGAUAUAGGCGAAAACGCGAGCUUUAGGAUGUACAGUAGGUGGGCUGACUCAUGAAAUGUCGGCCGAAAUUUUGAAAUGCUUUACCGUUUCGAAAAGAUUAAUUAAGUAUGGUUGUAAAAAUAAUCAUCACCCAGCAAAAUUCUAUAAUGUUCCACUUACCUCAGGGUGCCUUCUUUCGAAUGAACCUAUUUCGGACUGCAUGCAAGAUCUAUGCUCUUCAACAAAUGACUACUUAUAUAGCAUGCAAUUUUCCCUUUGAUGUGGCUUUUAAAGUUAACAAUAUUGCAUGCAUUUCUCUACGGUGUUAAGAGGAGACCAUAUAAGGUUCAUAAAAUUCAGCAGUGGAUUUGAGCAAUAUUGUUAACUUUACAAGCCACAUUCGUAAAUGCAGAUACAUGACGUUUCAUGAACGGCCAUCUAACGGUAUUAAAAAAUCUCACAAUUAUAAACUUUUUAAAACCGAAUUAUACACUUCUUUUGAGUAUGAAAUUGGAAGAAGACGUUAUUCUCUACUGAAUAAGUAAAAGAGUGAACAUUUUGAUGCAUUUUUUCAACGAAGUAUAAUUGAGUUUUUAAGGACAUCGAAGAUCAAUUAGAAAAAUGCAUGCUACUUAAGUAGUCAUUUUUUGCAGAGCAUAGAUCUUGCAUGCAGUCGUAAAUGAGUUCAUUCGAAAGCAGGCACCCUGGGGUAACUGGAGCACUAUACAAUUAUGCUAGGUGAUGACUAUUUUUACAACCAUAUUAAAUUUAUCUUUUCGAAACGGGGACACAUUUCGAUAUUUCGGCCGACAUUUCAUGAGUUAGCCCACCUAUUGUAUAUAAGUGGGGAGGAAUCGACUCGACCACGAGUAUAUGAGCGUUAUAGACAGAAAGCGUCGGAUUUAUGCUUAAGUCUUACAUCAGAGAAUGAAAGAGACAGAGUUAAUGAACGCGCAGAGACGCAGUUACCACGCAGCUACGUACCCACUGAGAUUGAUAACUCCUACCUCCAUCGUGAAGACUUAUAGUCGGCGUGAUAAUUGCUCGACCACUCAUAUUCAAACCAUAAGCUUUGAAGACUGGCACUGAAACAGUAGGUGAAUAAAUGUCUUGUUUAAUCGAUUGCACCACCGGGUCUGUUAGUGUUAGUCAGUUCCUGUCGCCCACUCCCCGCCUCCUCGCUUUUAAUGUAUCGUCGCUGGUGAAGUAUACAAACUACACACUGACCCCCUCGUACCAAUUUCGAGACGCCGCAGAGGGGAAUUGCAUAUCUAGUAGCUUACAAUUUUUUCUUUGACGUUUUUAAGCCCUCUAGUGUUUCAUUCACAGGUCUCUGAGUCACGAGCCACCCUCCAGCGCAAGCAGCGUCCACACUGGGUCAGAAGAGAGGCAUGCAGCCUGAUUUUAAUUUAGCUCGAUACCUCGAGCUCCGAGGCCACACGGGAAUGCUCAUUCCUGUUUUACUUUCGGUGUGUAUUCAACAUCUCAAUGGGCCGGCAGAAUUUAGGUCAACUGGGUGGAGCAUUCACCUUGACAUUCUUAGGGAACUACUGUAUCUGGGUUAAAACCUCCGAUCAAUUAGUGCCCGAGAUUUAACUAUCACUGGCUAAAAGGCAGCAAAUAAAACAGAACUAAUCACUCCGGCGUCCCUUCCCUUUGUCACUAGCACUUCUUGAGUCCAGCUCUCAUUGCUUCAUUUUUUACAUCGUAUGAGAGUAAAUGCCAGCGUUGUGGGGUCUAAAUCAUGUUUCUCUGGCUCCAAGAACAGGUUAUGCGACGUUACGCCGAAUACCUGGAGGUGGCAUGCGAUCGGUGAGCGCCCGCCUACCAUUGUAUAUUCCCGAUCGCAAUCGGCAGGACAACAAGCCCAUGGCUCAGUGGUUAGAGGCGAUGGACUUCUAACUAACAGGUUGCGAAUUCGAGCUCCAGGUGUUCCACACCUCGGGGUUGGGUAUUGCUGGCUGACGACGGCUGAUAAGUCAGAAAUGGCCAUUCCAGUCUUUGUCGGUAAUUUUAGUCUGCCUGUAUCAUGCGCCGCUCUGCGGCUGCUGGCUGGGCUCGAAAGAGAGCCGUAAGGCAAACCGGGACGAGUGAGUUCCGUAACACCGAUCUGUGAGCGGCCCUCUACUGUGCUCAUUUUAUCGUGAUUAUUUGUUGAGGUGUCGGUCAUUUCCAUGUCAGUACUCCACAGAAACUUAACCGUAGGCCAUUUUUUAACCACUUAACGUACCCUCUUCCCUAAUGUCCACCCAAUUAUUCAGACAGAAAUAGGGACAUUAUUUUACUUCCAAUUGCUUGCAACUGGUAAUUAUCUCUAAGCCUAAUCUUUUAAAUUGCCUUUAGAAUAAUGAUUCGCAUGAAAUGCGAUGUUACUGGACACGUGUGGAUCUGGGAGAGAGGAAAAUUCCUGAAUCGCCGCUUCCUGAUGCAGGUAUGCAUUCUCUUUCUACCGACCGCCUAGCUCCAAACCCUUCAAGUACCCUCAAUCAUAACUUGACAGGGCACAUUUGGCCCGAAGUCUACGUCCCUCCCCCCCGCCCUUCCACUUAGAGUUAAUACCAGUUUGUGUCCGCUCUUGCGAGAAGUUUGAGUAAGCUUAAGUUUUAUUGGUUUUCUAAGAAAGCAAUGUACAGUCCUGGAGCACAAACCUUAACUUCAGUCUAAAAGCCAACAUGAAUAGUUGCGAGUUAAAAUCCACCAACUACAGCAGACUAAGCGUGCUCCACUCACACCCUGCCCACUGCAGUCAGUAGUAUACAACUAUUGAUUAAUUUACCAUGGUUACAGCACGUGUAUUGUAACUGAAAUCCAAGGCGCCUGUAGCCUCUUGUUUCAGGCACAUUAAGUCCCUUCGGUAAUUUCAACACUCUGGGGCAAAUACAAUCGGAUAAGAAGCAUUUGUUCCGAAAAUUGCGCAUUUGAAAUUAUUACCUGCGUGUAUUCGCUUUUGCAAAACGUUCUCCCGAACGUAAUGCACAAACUUGGAGUACAUUUUUCAGCACAGACUUCCCUAAGUUGCGUUCAAAAGGUGGUAUGAAUAUUCGUUAGUUUAAAUCCAACAGCUCCAGCGGAUAAAAACCGUGUAGUAUUCACACACUGCGCACAGGCGGUCACUAGUGUGCCGAUAGUGAUACAUUUCCUCAUAUUCGCCCAGACACGACUUUUCGCCGAUUUUCGGCCUUAUCUGCUGGUUCCCAGCCUCCUCCUUCUGCCUCUGGUUUUUAAAUUCCGGAUUUAUACUUUUCCCAUGUCUAAAUGGGCGAACUUUCAGUGACUGAUUCGACACGAAAAUCCGCAGACGCGGUUCAGAAUUCUGCCUUCUGAUAUAUUUAAACUCAAAUGAAUCAUAUUCAGUCGAAUAACUGUGACUGAUUUAUGUAGCAUGGAAAACCCAACGAAACAUGCGUCUGAGUUUGUAGCUAGUGCCUGUAAGGACAGUCAGAAUCAAAUAAAACUCCAAUUGUAGUGUUAGAGCGCCCGAAACAAACAAAAGCAAUUAGAAGUAGGACACAGAAAUGUGAGUCUUCCGUGGCCUUGUGCUAAAUUCCAGAAAGGGUCCAACCAAGUUUCGCUUUGCAGGAUGUACGGUUUGAUUAAAGAUCACAUGAAUUCGAUUGGUCCGCGCUUUGUAUUGCGGCGUCUUCCGUUCACUCAUAUACGCAUACUGGUAUGUUUUUUUCCGUAUUGUUUUGGUGAACGCGUCAGGUUUUAUGAUACUUUCUAGUAUCUCACCCUACUCUGACGUCUGUUUGUUUAUUUUUUAGAACUUAAAAUGGGGAAAAUGAGCACUUGGGGUUACUUGACUGGACUGUGGGCAUAUUCCGUCGCCAGUUUAACUUCUUUAGCAAUAUAUUUCAAUCGAAGAACACCAAUUGUUAGUCAUUCCUGGGAUAGGAAAUAUGUCUCUGGCCGAUUUAUUUAGCCUUGUGGUUUUUAAUAUGGCCCAAAAUUAACUUUAGGUGCGUUCAGUAGAUUAGUGCCGGCAGUAUAUGAUUGUUAACCUUAGUAAACGUCGUCUCUAAACUAGGAGAGUAUCCAUUUUGACUCAAGACGUCACCGACAUAGGGCUGCGUAAUCACUCAGGGAAAUGGUGCUUAUGCAUCAGAGCCGUCAGUUUGCUUGUUUGAGUCUUUAGUCAAUCCCCAUGGACUUUAACUCCUUUCGACUGGCCCUCACCAGUAGUCAGUAAAAACCUCGCUUUCGGUAUCGGUAUGUUGAAGACACUGUGGUUUCUGCCAGAAAGGGCAUGAUCCAGCGUCUUCAUAAUAAUCUUGUAAUAAUUGUCUACUAUAAAGAAACAGUUGGCAACAGUAUAAUAGUUGCUUGCUGACAGUGCACUCGUUAAGCCAAGCUCUUGUAGAGGUUAGAUCGAAGUGUAAAAAAACCAAACGAAAUCUUUAUCUUCAGUGGAAGACAGGUAGGCUCUGUGAAGGCGUUCCUGAAAUGUUUCCAUCCACAGCGCUGACGUCUGUGGACAAAGCAGGCAACAUCUGUUCUUUGCGCAAAAUACUUACUUGCAAACCCCCGAAACCCGAUCCAUUUGCGAUCUUUCUCAGUAGUACAGCAGGCACCCUCGUGACGAUAAGCAUCCUUCAGUGCCUACUAACAGUAUUUGAAGGAAAAAGUAUUGACGAAACAGGGGAGACAUAGACGGCCAACUAAAAUUUAUUGGCUGUCCUCAGUCAGCCAUGUCAAACCCCAGGUUUAGAUGAUCCAGGGCUUGAGCCUGGAUCCAUUGGUUAUAGAACGCUAAGUAGACCGGUGUUCUUUCCCUAUCAGUGACAGUCUACUGUAAUAAGUGCGUCCACCGAUCAGGUUACGAGACGUACGUAUAUUAUUAGUCCCUAUGCGACCGCUUGCCAAAACUCUGUAUUGAACCCCAAGGCCUAACAGAAUGAGCAUGUCCCGUAAAUUGAUCGAUGAAGGCCCUUCCUAGGAUAUAUUAGGAGUAUUUCUGACGGAUGUGAAAACAUUAUUCUGGAAGUGGGUCUUGAAGAUGCCCACCGUCUCACAGUCUCUAUGUUUUAGGGAAAUUAUCCUGUGUCUAUGGCAUAUCUGCUGUAAAUGACCAUAUUAUAAACAAGUCAAACCGGAUGGGAACUGACAGCAGGCGCACGUGAGUAAAUGGCUGACGUACGAUUCGGUGACCAGUUCUCACAAAGUGUCACCUACGUUCUCCAGAGUAAGUAACCCCCGCCACAAACCAUACCCUUGCCGGGUAUUCCUCUGAUUCUGCAAUCGCGAAGGUAGUUGCUAGAGUGCAAUGCAAGGCAGCCGUCAAACACUUCAGCUCCGGCAACUACCUGGCCAUCAGGUAGUCGAUCUGCCAUCUGCGUACGCUAGCCUGCGCAAGUGUCUUCAAACGGACAGCAGGGGCCGUUGAUUGAUUUAAGCGUUCCAUAUAUGCAACACACAUUUUUGGCCGCCUGCUUAUGACUGCGGAUAACGCCGCACUCCCCAAAAUGCCGUCCUGCUCUCAAGUUACAUUUUCAUUUUUAUCAACAGCACUAAACGAGAAUACCAGAACAGAUGCCACCAUCACCAUGAACCUCACUGACAGCAUUUUCACCACCACUUAGUUUACCAUGUCAGAAUUAUUACAAAGCCAAUCAUCACUUCUGGAAUUACACGGCUAUAGGUACCCUUCUCCCGUAUAGCGAGUGGCCCUGCACCAUAAUCCAGUGUGAUACCUAUUCCUGUAUUCGAACCCUAACAUUAACCCUAGCCGAAAUCUGAACCCCAACCUCUUUGACGUCUAGGGCAAGUUCAUUCUAAGGGGAUAAUUAUAACUGUACCCUACCCCACUUCUGAUCAACUGACAUUGUCGCCCUCAAAUUUACCUUUCCAGGAGAUGUUUCAGGACUUUGAGAACCCUGAUCCCGAAUCAGCACGGAAGAAGAGCUUAACUCCAGAGGAUGAUCCCUUCUGGGAACCGCUGGAAUCCCUUCUGGUGGGAUUUGCGCCUGUCUUUCUUCAAUCCCUGGCUUACGGUCUAGACUUCAGCGAUCGUCUGCAGAUCAGUGACCUGGACGGUGCUGCCAUUGGUUGGCUUGACGCAGCGCUACAGCCCUGCUUCCAAACGGGCAAGUUAUCGGUCAGUGGUGACGACUUCUUUGUGGACGAUCCCAAAGAACUCAUUGGCAAACCUUACUACUUUAAGGUGAGUGCAGUCUUCCCAUAGGUUUCCUAAGUAUUAGGACGGAGGGGCCUAUUUGGCCCCAAGUGGGUCUGCUGUGGAACUUGCGAUCCUGAUGUGUGAGGCCUAUCGCUGUGCAAGCCAAUUUUCCUUAGUUACGAAUUUGCUAAAAAUUUUGUCAUCCACUUUGGGUUUUCGCUGUUUUAACAAAUUAUAAUGUUCUAUAUGGCAAACGUUCUCGAGAAGCGCGAACUUCUUCGCCCUUUCUGGGUCAGCACUGUUGACUAUGUAAGUUUCUUACUAGUGCCGGAGACCUCGCCCUAGAUGGCAUGAACUUUCUGGCAAGCCUUAACAGUACCUAAUUUAGCUGGACAUAGUUAAGCAUAGUUCAAAUCCCUUGCUAUUCGACCAGCUUGAAAAUGCACUUAAAACCGCUUGAGGAAUAGGGAAGAACCUCCAUUGUUGAUCUCCGCCAGCGGAGAAAUAAUUUGCUUUACGGACGUUUUCUACCGGACUUAACUCUGGUGCCAGUUUCAGCGGCAGCGUUAAGAAAUCUAAGUGGUGAAAGGUACGAGAAAUCAUCGAUUUGCACCAGUCUGCUAUAAUCUUAGGACAGAAGUCAAGAUCAUCUGUUUUGCAUAUCCUGUCCCCCACCCCUCCUGACCAACCCUCCGAACUUUCCUUUUUUCUUACUUCUUAAGUGACUUUUUAUCACUGCUAAUUCUUUCUAAACGUAUCGCUGCUAAUGUACGCUGAUAACAUGACAGGAUAUUUACGUCAGUAGGGAGACAUCCACGCCAUAGUUGCGGCAAUAUUUAUAAGGGAAUUUUUCUGCAGACUUUUGAGCCUGCCUUGCAUAGGUCAGCUGAGGUAUGCGGCCGUAUUAUCAGAGGCGGUCAAGGCCCUUGAAUUUUAUUGCUAUAUGCUUUCUACUUACUGUGUUUAGGUAACUUGACCAAAUUUAACGAAAUUACCUUUUUGCCUGUUCAAUGGUUUUUGUUGGUGCGAGUAAAAAAUCCCAUAUUUCUACUAUUCACGGAUGAGAGGUAAUUCUGAAGUCAACAUGUGUUUCUCCCGCAGUUACUCCUACAUCAGUGGAAAACUGCUUUCUCACUUGAAGGUUAAAUGGUUUGAACUGACAAUUGCCCACAUGGCAGUUUAUUUUUGUACGAAACGGUUACUAAAUUGUUUUUUUAAUUAGCUCAAAAGAGGGUUGUCGUUUUAUGUUCGGACUGCCCACGAAAGCAGAGGUUGUAGGUAGGAAGAAGGAUACACGAUCGCUGGGACAAGAACUUUACUAGCCUGACGUUUCGGAUUCUUGCUCGAACCAAACAUCAGAAAAAAAAGCAGAUACGGGUGGCUCAUGCAGUGUGUUUAGGAUGCAGUCAUCAUGCUACCGCAUACGUAUGUAGCCGCACCUAUGAAGUCUCUUUUAUCGCCAUUCCCAUUAUUAAAAUAACUGUAGGGAAAAUUGGCGGACGCAGACUUGUAGAAGCUUCAUUAACUGUGAUCACAAAAAGGUCUGCCUUUGCCAUUUUUAUUGCUGUUUCUUUCCUUGCAGAUUGAACUAAAAGACUUGGGUCUAACGGGCCUCAAGGCUCCCCUGAGACCAACUCUGCGCUACAGAGUUUUUAAGGAGGCCUGCGAAACAAUCAUUCCGAUAGCAAUCGCCGAACAGGAGCAUGUUAGCAUAAACCACUCCCGUCUGGUCACUUUCAAGAAGGUGGAAGCAGAGCAUUUGGACUACUUUGAAAAGAACUGCAUCACAUUUCUCAUGUUUGUUGAGCAGAGCGAUUCUCCGUCUGCAACUGCCGUUGAGGUACGUUAAAGUACACUAUUGGGUUAGAGACAUUGAUCCAAGUUCGCAUUUAGAUGUUGGUGGAGUUUGUUAUUUACAAGUUUCUCUGGUCUAACACUUUCGCCAUUCAAGUCGAAAAAAAAAUACUCUCAAGAUCAGUUAACAAACAAAUGUCGUUAGAAAACCUAAUUGGAUAAAAUACAAGGAAGAUUUGGGUAUCCCUCAGGCUGUUUAGAGUUUUAAAUUUCCCUUUAGUUGUUCAUAAUUUCAUGCGCUGAGAAGUUAAAGAGGGCUAUCAAUCAUUGAACUCGGGCGUUGUUUCUUCAGAAACCAAAUAAACAUAAAAUAGCAGGGCAGGCGAAGGUAAAUUCGCGGAGAAGGAGACACGAUCGCUGGAACAAGAGCUUUAUUAGCCUGAAGUUUCGGAUUCUCACUCGAAUCCAGCGAUCUUCGCGAGCACUUCCUGGAACUCGCCUCUCCAUCUCUAUUUACAAGGGGAAAAUUCUUCGAAUUUCUUCUGAAACAUGAUUAUUUCUCUUUUUUAUAUCGCCUGAAGUCAUAGGAUGAGUUUGAAUCGAUUUGUUUUCAGUUUGCAGUACUAAAAUCGAUCACUCGGAUUUAGAAUUAACGUCGCCGAAUCACUUUUAUGAAUAUAAACAGUAGGAAACGGCGAUUUCGCACAGUCAGAAACGUAUUCCUUGCGACACGAGACCAAAUCUCCCUGAGUGAUUUACCGUUCAGCUAUCUCAACGACUGAGUUCAGCUGUACGAAUUACCCUAUUAUCAGAUAUGUUUAUGUCCCUUCGAGUGGCGGACGAUAAUAAAAGUAUGGCGUUUAUCCUCGCCAAGAAUAGACGCGUUAGAGGAGUGUGCGAGCUCAUGGACUAUAUAAGAAACUUUCCGAAACGUCCGUAAAAACCUAGUUUGGUUUAUAAACUCGUCCCCACUUUUGUCUUUAUGGUCUUCUUCAGAGAAUGGUAAAGAGGUUAAUAUACCUUGACAGACCUUUCUCGCAUGUACUGACAUAAAUGUACAUCGAUUCACAUGGCAUACGAAUAUUCAAAAAUAAAUGGAUCCCAACGGGUUGAUGGACUUUAGUCGACGUGUAUUGUCACAAACUUCAGCUGCGGUUAAAAAUUCUACUGUUCAAUAUGCACCGCUCACAUAUUUGACGACAAGGCGGGGAAUCAAAGUCGAAAAUAAUAAACGUUAUUCGUACGCUAAGACAUCUGUCCCCCUUUACAUGCACAUAUAUUCCUACUGAAAUCAGCACACACCAAACCAUUGGUUCCUUGAAGCAAACAGGCUCCGAAUGGGUGGCAGAGAUCAUAAACAGGUGACUAACCAGGUAACCAAACUCUGUCAAAAGAUACUAACCGGGGUUUUCUGCUGAGGUGCGGCUAGACCGAUGCAGUGCCCUUUCGACUUAUUAUCUCCCCAGUCAGCCAGUACCUUGUUUACCAUCUCUACCAGCAACGACAGUUCGACCGUCGAUUCCGACGACGUCCACCGUACGCGACACAGCAAGGUGCAGUGGGCUCGGUGACUUGCGCGUAAAUUAGUUUGUAGUAGUAGUAGACGUGCGCGACAUCCACCGCACAUUCUCUUCCUCACUCACCACCGAGUCAAAAAGACCGAAGGCGGGGGAGGGUGCAGGUGGCUGGGACGGACGAACCCGCACUUAGGCGUGCCCCACCACCCCCUGAUGCACAAAACACACCUGACCAGGGUUUGUCACCAACAGCAACACCCCAACGGGGGCAACCAUCCCUACCACUUGUGUACCUGGCGGGAACGCAAGCGCAUCUACCGGUAGGGAACCAGGUGUCAGGGAACUGUCAACGCAUACCUGGCUGCGAGAACCAUGGUUUGCUGAUACUGGCAUAGCACACGCUUUCAGACCUUUUGACUUGGACCAGAAACACAGACAUACACACACACCCACACGACAGUUCGAUCGUCGAUUUCGACGAUGUCCACCGUGUGCCCACAGCUGCAGCAGCGGUGGGAGCAGGGACGGUGACUUGCGCAGGGGUUUAUAGUGCCAGUAAACUUGCGCUGCAUCUACCUACACUCGCUCCUCCUCCCCCGCCUGAACCCGGUGACAAGACAGAGUCAAGAAGAUCGGAGACGAGGGAGGCCGCCGGUGGAUGGCUCGGACGGAUCCCCACCUUGGCGUCCCACCACACCCUCUGGUCCACACACGAAUGACCAGGAUUUUGACCAAAAAACAAUGGGCGAUGGCUUGUGACCCGUUUCGAAGGUGUGGGUAACCACUUGUGACAAACCACCACGCGUUCGUACAGAAAGCAGGAUCCAAGCAUGCGUCUGUAAUUGAAGGUACCGUUUAGACACAGGAUAUAGUGCAUUAAAACCGACUGCUCCUUGGGAUUUAAUUGAUUCUCGAUUCUCAUGACUCUGUUGCGCAUGAUUACUUCCAGCCUUUAUCCUAUCCCAGCAUAUAGUCCUGCAGCAAUUGGCUCAGUCGCCUCUGAACCAUCCUUCGUGUAUGAUAGAGCAUGUCAUAUAAUCAGUGGGGCUUUCAGGUGGGGACUCUGGGAGCCGGUACGAUAACGGAGGCUUAAAAAAAUAAACAAAAGUUUCUAUGCCUGCGUGAAUUUCUUGGUUUUUUUUGAGGUUCGCACUUACACCUCCACGUUCACAAUCUCCACUAUUCUAACCAACCUAUUGUCUACACUUAAUAGUAAUUUUUUCAGUUCUUCAGUUGCCAAAGUCUAGCUGGUGUUAGCUUAAUUAUUCGUGGAUAGUGCAUUUUGUUUUUCUUCCGGAGGACAUUUCGUUUGGAAGAUUUGUGCUUUAUGUAAGUACGUUUCCUAGCCAGGAGCCAUUUUUUCGUGAAAAUAUACCGCACCUUGGACAGCAUUAUACGACGCUGGCUUUUCUCAUAUUUAAAAGUCAUUUUUUUCAUUUGUCGAUUUCAGUGGUGCAGAUGUCUUGUCUGCCCUUAUCACCCCCCCCCCACCCCAUUCCUAAUUGGUCGUCUUCCUUGUCCAUGUAGGGACUCUAAAUUCUGGUGGCCAGAAUACUAAGACUGUGUUCUAGCCGUUUAAAAAGAGGGAAACCACAAUGCGUUUCUUGCGCUUAUGCAAUAAAUUUCAAGGGCGCUCUUUAGGCGGUGAUGUCACUUGCAACACUUUCCACUACUCCCUUAUCAGCUAGAAGUUAGGUAGCUAAAACUGACUGAAAACCGUUCAUUGAACCAUAGCGUACAAGUGGCCGGAAACGAAUAAUGUAAGCAGGUGAAGACAGGUCUGCCGACCAACCAAUCAGAGAGUCGCAUUGUCAAUACCAGGGGACAGGAGAAACGAUUUGAUCUUUCACCAACGGGCGUGGAUAGGUGGCUCGCUGCUGCAACUCAAGAGGGUGUUUAUCGCAUUUUUUAACCCGAGAGUCAUGAGCCUCUGUACCUGUCGGUACAACACAGUCCUAAGAACGUAUUAUAUUAACACACGCAACUUCAAUUGAAGCAGUUUUGUUCGGUCUAUACAGUCUUAUCCAAUUUCGAAAAUCCGAGAAAACCACUUUUUAUGAUGACUUCUCUUUACCUAACCUCAGAAUCCGUCCGUGGGACUGAGUCGUUCGGAUGUGGGGAGGGGAUCAUUCGCGGUUCUCCAAAGUGUAGCUGAGCAAGGGAAGGAAAGCGUCACACAGAAGCUCCAACAAAUACGUGAGAAACAACAACAUGCCCACCAGACGGAGCUUAAGGUGAGCUUUCCGUAUUAUUUCUUUCUGUCGGUAUGUCCGUCUCCUACACCGCUGCAUUCUAUGCCGAACUCCUUUUCGAUCCAUCUGGUUACUUUAUGCGACUUUUCCAUCCCCAUUUUUAACUUUGGUCGUGUUUGAAAUUAAUAUGUCAGACGAAUGUAACUAACCGGUUAUGCCCUCCACCGUAAGCUGUUUUUCAUCCUUCGCAGGAAAUGGUUUUGCAUUGGAAGGAUCUCCAGCCCUCAGCUGAGGCAUUUGAAGAGGUGAUGCACGCACUGAACGACUACUUUGAUCCACAGCUAGCGUCCACGUCCAACAGCAAGCAGUCGCCACUUGGAGUCCACACGGAGGCGGAAGAAAGCAUAACUGUGAGUUUUUUACGUGAUCGUGGUCUUCGGAUAGUAGACACUUUAAGACCCAGCACAGACCGUCUUGGUUUUUUAUCCACGUAUGAUGCAUUGUUUAUCAAGCCUUUUUUAGAAUUAACGGUCCACUAAAAAGCCCGUAUGUGACAUUGCAGUCCAACCAUCGUUAACAAGGAUGUCCACCGUGUGUCCUACGGUGUGGUAAACGCAGAAAGAUGAUUUGCGCAUGAGCUAGUUUAUAUGGAUAGUGGGCAAGGGCGACUGGAAUGGCCUUUUCUGGCUUAUUAGCCGACAUCAGCCAGCCAUGCUGAAUUCUAGGUUUUUUAUGACCCCGGAGGCUUGAUGCUUUGCCCUGUUGGUUGGAAGUCCAAGGCUCUAAUCACUGAACAAUGGAACAUUGGUCACACUCUCUCCUCCCUCCUCCACAUUGCUCCAAUGGCGGGUUCGUACGCAAUGAUUGAUGAAAUUAAACCGUCUGUCUACCCGUGCCACGAGCGACCUAGCCCCGCGCAAUGUUCUGGGUUCACACAAAAAGGGGCGACUUGGAUCUCCCUUGAGCCAGGGUGCCAUUCUUACUCAAGCGCAUAUGGACGUUCAUGCAUCCAUCCAUUUUGCUUUUUACUGAAUGAGAUGGGGUGAAUCAAAUACUUGAGCUCGUAACUUAUUUAGUAAAAUUUAGUUUAUAAUUCCUUAGAGCGUGUUGACCCCACCUCUGACACCUGCCCUCACAUGGUAGUCCCCGUCUGGCGCGUACAUGUUCAAUCACCUGACUUAUCCCCUGAGCGCUAUUUUUUAAUGCAAUUUGAUCAUUUACUGGAGGCAUCACACCACGCCAGACAUUCUACUCAACCCUAUAAGUGAAAGAAGGGAGAGACAACGAGACCAGUCUGUUGUUCUCCGAAGACAAUUUGGGAGCGACCGACGGGGAAAUUUUCGACCCAUUUGAGAAGUUUGCCGCCGAUGCCCAUUAUUCUCAACUUGUGCAGGAGACGCUGGUGCGGAAAACUGUCGAACGCCUUCCGGAAAUCAAUAUAGGCCACAUGCACAGUGUGUUUUGCGUCCAGUGCUCUUGUCCAACUUUGCAUUGUAUAUAGCAAGUUCGCACCACAUGCACUUCCCCUACGGAAACCGUGUUGUGCAUUGGACAAGAGGUGGUUGGUUUCCAAAUAAGCCAUCGAGUACUUUUUUAUGGUUUUCUCCUUCACUUUGCGACAGAUUGAUGUCAGACUGACGGGUCUGUAGUUCGUCGCAAGAGCACGACUACCGCUUUUGCAAAGAGGUGUAAUGUGGCCGUCUUCCAGUCUGUGGGAAGGAUUUCAACAUCCGAAUAUUUCUGACACAGAAAGGAUAGUGGUCUGGCCAGCUCUCGGGUAGGCUCAGAAAGCAGCUUUGGUGGGAUCUCGUCCGGACGGGAAGAUUUGCAUUCCUUCAAACUUUUUAGUCCCUCCAAAAUCGCUUCUUUUCGAAACACAUAUUUUCGAUUGUGGGAUCUCCCAUGUUCUUAGAACUAGAUGGAAUAACGUCGGCUUCUCUUGUGGAAACGGAUAUGAAAAACUGGGAAAAAUGCUCAGCUUUAUUCGUACUGUCCGUGUACUGUCGGUCCUGAGCGAAGCGGUGAGAUAAAACACCUCGAUCUCAGUGAGGCGUAGGUUGACUACGAUUCAAGUACAGUGCCUUGCUCGUGUCUAUUUGUCUGUUUCUCCUAUUUCAGCAGGAAAAGAAAGAGAAGGUGGAGACCGCGGAGGACGCACAGAAGAGGAGGAAGAGGUGGAGCUUGAAGAUCUCGAAGGUACGGAACGUCCCGCCCCCACUUACUUCCAGGUUUAAACUAAGGUGUGAAUGGCACGCCGGGUUAGCAAGGAGCACAAUUGGAGUAAACAAGGAGGACCAAGUCUGUCCUCAAAAUGGAGAUUAAGAAGCGUAGCGCUUACAUGAUUUGACUGCCGACACGCACGUCCGCCUUACCCCGAUCAUUGUCCAGAAGUCGUGCUUUUAGCAAGCACGUAGCAUUUUGAGUAGAGAGGAGGUCGAUUUAUCUGCUGGGUCGUCAUAUGGGCCUAAGACGAGUUGUACACGGAAAUAUGGACUUCCCCCGUACUACGGGUGGUCUUGCGCUAAAACCCGUGUACCGACUCCGACCCUAAUCAUCCUAAUUCUGGCCCUAACCUUAACCCUCCUUGCCCUUAUCCUAACUCCUGCCCUGGAAUUUAACGGAAAACCAUCUGCUAUACGGGGAGGGUGCUUAGGGCAGUGCCAUGCCCUUAGAUGAAUGACAGGUAGAGCUUAAUUGCAUCGAUUUAGAAGGAGGACUUCAAAUCUUCAAAAUUGCAGCGUGGAUUUCUGCUGCUUGUCUAAAAUUGGACUGCUCGACUCAUAUCAUAAAAAUCUCAGGGUCAGCCUUCGUUUCACCCCAAAUGACAGCGGCCCAUGCAACGCCUAUCUAAAACACUGUGUGGCGGCAGCCUUCUAGUAACAGACACUACUCACACUGCUUACAAGCGCAGUAAUCAAUGACUUGUUAACUCAGCUGCGACCGAACGGGCACAUUUGUACUGUCUUUACUAGCAAACUGUCGACCAGAUUCAUGCGGGAACCCACACCCAGCUGCAAGAACUGGGGUUGAGAGUCUCUCUCUCUGCGAAUUAAUUUUUGUCAAGGACUGGAAUGGCCAGACUGGGUCGAGCGACUCUUCAAACAACCGCUCAACUGGCCACAUCGCCCUGGUCCUCGAGGCGGUGAUGGUGGACGAAGUUCGCUUUGAAAAGGAGAAGCUCUUCGGAAAAUCGAGUUGUACUCGUGAAUUUUCAAGUCGGUGA